AUGCAGGUUUCCCUGCUUGGAACUGCAAAGGAGUUUUUACAAGCAGGACUCACUGGCAGUCUAGCGCUGAUGCGGGUUGGUAUGUAACAGAAAAGUGAGUCGGCUUUUGCUGGCUGUUGUGGGUGCCGCUCUGCUCCCCUUGAUUUUGCUCUUGCUCUGCGGCCAGGAUCCCGGGUCUUCCCUGGCAGGGAGAGUAGGAGGGGAGCCUCGUGGGGCCCCUGGAUCAGGAGGCCUGCCUGGGAGGGGGAUGCCCUGGGGUCGGGAUGAAGGUCCUGGAAGGCCCCCGGGAAGAGACAGGCUUCUGCUUGGCAGUUCCAGCCAGCGAGGGGAGCUACCCCCCUCCCCAAAUUACUCUUCUGGGUUGACAAGGCAGUGGAGCUUUGGCCAAGUUGGGGAAGAAAAAUGUGGCUAGAAGCCCAAAGCUGGGGGACUGGACAAAAGGCAGAGCCUUGCUUUAAUCCCAGGCCUCCUCAGAUCAGAGGUGUGUGUGUGUGUUUCCUUUUUGUGCACCUGCAUCCUGGCUGGGGAAGCCAAGUCCGCACGAGGUCUGCCCACCUGUUUCAGUCAUUUGCCUUUUAUCUGACUGACUGACAAUGUGAGUUUGCAUGUUACCCAAAUGCUUUCCUAUUUCUGGGGCCACGAGGGGAAUCAUCGAGUCAUAGAGUUGAAAGGGACCUCUGAGGGUCAUCUAGCCCAACCCCCAGCAAUGCAGGAUUUGCAGCCCAAACAUCCCUGACAGGUGACCUCUACUUAAAACCUUUCAAGGGAGAGCCGCCCGCUGUCAAAGAGAAAGUUCCUCAUAAUGCAGCAGGCAACUUUCCAUCAAAAGCUCCUGGUUGGAAGGGAGCCUUUCUCCUCUCUCUGGCAGCCACAGCCAGAACCAAAACAGCCUCUCCAAGUCAGAAAGUGAAGGGGCCUCAUUUUCUCUCUCGAUUCCUCUUCCCCUUCCUCACUGUCUGACGAUUCCCAGGCAGCCCAAAGCAGCGUUUGUUGCUUUCCCCUUCCAGGCCAAAGGAGAAGCCUUAUAAUUCCUUGACUCCUUCCUGCUUCUGGGAUGCUGUUCCCAGGAAGGCUCACCUGGUGCUUCCGUUAUAUAUCUUUAGGUGCCAGGCAAAAACUCCCCUCCGUAACCUGGCCUUUGGCCUUUAACUCUCUGUGGCCUUUUGGAAGUGGGUGGGACGCUAAAUCACUUUGGGUUGUCCUGGGCAAGAUGAACAAAUUUAAUGAAUAAUAUUGUUGGCAUCUGCCUGUCUUGGAAGACAGUGGAGUGCACCUCUGGGGGUGACGUCAAACGGCUGCGCUGGCAGCACCAAAGUGACCUCCUUGGGGUGCAAGGCUGGGCAGUGUGUCUGGAGGUCCUGGGCUGCCCAGAUGACAAGACCCCCUUUCGCCCCCCUCCCUCAUGUGGUCCUCAGGGAAGCAGAGGGAGAUGUUGGGCACCAGCUUGGCUGCCAGAGUUGCCAGGAGGAGGCAUUCAAGGCGCCAGCCAUACAACCGCCUUAGGGACUCCCCUCGGGAUUUGUGGUGGGCUUCCUGAAGCCUUUCUUCUCCUCACGAUAUCCUGCAGGGCAGCAGAAGUUUAGGGUCAGAAAUGUCCCUGCCUAAAGAGGUGUAACAUGUAUCAUUUCUCUGGCAGAGAUCCACACAGCUCUAAGCGGCCGGAAAUGCUGCUUAUUCGGCCUCCACUCCUCCUUAUUUUUUAACUGACCUGGAUUUCUGGCCUGCUGGUUUUUGGUUCUGCCAAAAUUAUAGUCUUACCGCAGCAAAUGGAACAGAAUAUUUGCUGGAGCUGCCGGUGUCUGAAAUGCUUGGAAGGACAUCUUGAAAAGUGCAUGAGAGUCUUCUUUCGGCAAAAAAGAUGUGCAAAACGGAAAAUUAAAAAUAGAUUUGGUGACGCGGCCAGAGCUGGAGCCGACCCUGGACAGUGGUGCGAUCUCCAAAAAAGGAGACGUUCCACGAUGCUCCCAGGCAGAUGUCGCUCAACUAGAUAAUUUAUUAUUUCUUCAUUCUAAUGUGUAUGAGAGAUGCAGCAAGGCUAGACCAGGGAAUGAAACAAUUUAUCAAAACAUUUCAAAUGAAGUGUUUUUUUAAAAAACCACUGACAGAAAUGGAAUCUCUCAUUUAGUCUAUUGAGCAUCACAAAAACCGCUCCUGUUCAUCACAGAGACCGCUAACCAUUUCCCUCUGAGCUACUGACUGACUGAGCUCACUUGGGAAUGGCUUCAGCUGGUUUGUGUGAAUAAAGGGAAUGAGUUUUGCUCUUUGAAACAGAACAUUUAAAAUGUAGUUUGGCUGUUAAGCAAAUGGGUUGUUUAUACACUGUUUAUCUCAAUUCCAAAGCAGUGGACGUCUCAUAAAUAUAUCUAAAAUAUACCUCCUCUUAAUUCAACUACCGAUCAAAACUAAUCUUCAAACUGAAGACAUUUGCUUUGCUUUCCCCUCUUGCAAGAGGCCUUCUAAAUCAGGGUGUCCUCUCAGUCAAUGAGGCACAGCCAAAUCUGUUGCCCCUCCCUGCUCAUCUCCAACACCCUGAAUGCUACGAGGGUCCUCAGCCCCUUCUCUCCUCUCUCCCUGCCCCUUUCUUCUAAGAGUCCAGUUUUCUAGGGCUUAAGAGCCCCUCCCAGGUGAUCUCCUGAACAGGAGAGGCCAGCCUGGGUUGAUUUUAACAUGCUAAAUCCAGUGUCUGGUACCCAGGAAUCAGGAGGGGGGAGUGUCCAAGCAAAUUCAUAGCAAUGUUUUAGCAGGCCCUGGAAAAUAGUACAGGCUGCAUCCCUCUUGCUACUGGGGGGGGUGGGGUCAAAGACCAGCUCUCCCCGGACGUCCUUGCACUCUCGCCCUGCUCCUGAAGGUCUGUGCCCUAGCUUGUGUCCGGAAUGUGGUUUGCAAUCCCUUCCAGAAGCAAAGCAAAACUUUCCUUUUUCCUUUCUCCUUCUGUGAUGGAACUCCUAUAUGGUGACUUCCCUGGCUUUUUUCUGGCCCACAUAGGACCAGUCUGGAUAGUUGGCCUUGGUGAAGAUUUGACGUUUUCAUCCCCAAAAUGUUUUUGAUUUGAGUUUCUACUGAAAUGAGGCUGCAUUUUAAUGUUGUAUUUAAUCUUGUUUUUAAGUUGUAUUUUAAUCAAUUGUUUUUAUACCUGGUGUUAGCCGCCCUGAGUCCAGUCUUGGCUGGGGAGGGUGGGGUAUAAAUAAGAAUUAUUAUUAUUAUUAUUAGGCCUUCUGGACAGGUCUGGUUCUGGCCUCCGCAAGAUCUCUGGGGGCUUCCCUCCCUGCUGGAGCUGAGCAGGGCUAGUUGCCACCACGUCCUAAAGCGCCAUUAGCGGCGACAUCGCGGCCGUUGUGCAAAUCUGUUUCGGGCCCCGUCUGCCUAUUCUUCCCCCUCUCUCUGUUUCUGCAGAGGAACAAUCCCCGCGCACUGGAGGGGAACGGUAUGGCCCUUAAUUGCUGGGCUCUCCUGUUACUGCAGAUGGUUGUCUCGGAAGGGGUGGCAGACGCCUGGUCGGCUCUGGUUACUUGGCACCUCUCAGGGCAGGUAACCGUAUAACGGAGUUAAAACACUAGACGAAGACCUGUAGCUGGAGGGAGGGCGGCUCUUGCAGGGUGGGGCAGGGAGACAGAAGGCUUUGCCCCUGCCCUGGUCCAGAGACCCCUCCCCACCGAGGCCAUUUGCCCCAGGAUGGAGGCGAGAUCUCAUUUGCCUUUAAACUGUUGAUGAGGAAGCCUCAGUUGAGCUCUGCCGGUGGCUGUCUCCUCCUCCCUCCUCUUGGUGUCUCUGUAUCUGAUGGUUGCUUGGUCCUGGGACCGGGUGAGGGGCCCCUGUCCCCCCAUCCCAAUUAUGGCAGGGGCAGGGAGGGUGGGGGUGGAAGACUAAGAGGACAGAGGAAAGGAGGGGAAGGGUGAGGAGAGGAGCAAAGGACGCCUAGCAGCACACACCCCGUCUGCCCUGACGUGGCUGCUUGGUGUUCCUUGAGGGCUAGUAGCUUGCGAGGCAGACUGGACUCCCUUGGAAAGGGUGGGCUCUCCUUCUGCUGGAGGUUUUCAAGCAGAGGUUGGGCAGUUGUCUGUCAGGGAUGCUUGAGCUGAGAUUCCUGCAUUUCAGGGGGUUGGGCUGGAUGGCCUUUGGGGUCCCUUCCAACUCUGCAAUUCAAGGAUUUCAGGUGCUGCCCAGGAGACUCCUGGCAACCUGAGAUUUGGCUUCUCCCUGUGAUCUGCAGAUGGAGCUCUUCCUUGCAACAGCUGCUUGCUUGUGGACCACCCUUCUCCCUGUUUCCCGCUGGGGUGCAACUGCCUUUUGCCUCUUUCAACUACCUGAGGGUCUCAGGCAGGCAUGUGGGGCCGGGUCCUGCUGUAGGAGUUGCAGGGGCCUUCAGGCGGACUGGGGGCAGGCAGGGUGCUGGCAGCUGCCUCUGCUGGCCCCCUGCUGCUUACUGCUCCUUCCCCACGAGGAGCUUCCGGCAACAGGCAAAACAGAUCCCUACAUGGUGGUGAGGGGGGAGGGUUUCUCUCAGCAUCAUAUUGCUUGGAAGGCUUAUCCACUGCAUUUCAGGACAGUUAUCUCUCGACCUGUUCACUUUUUUUUUUUAUUCAUAAAAUUUAUACGCUGUUUGAUUGUUUAAAAAAAAAACCUCAAAUUAGUUUACGGAAAGGACAAAAUGCUAAAAUCAUCAUAAGAAGAAUUGGCAACAACGAUUUAAGACUUCUGAAAAGUUAAAGCAGCAACAGACUCAAAGCAGGUUAAAAAUUGCACUGGCCUUCUGAAUCUCUCGACAGGCUUGCCUAAGCAAAAAUGUCCAAAAGGGUUCAUUGAGGGCACCUGCCUGAGGUCACUAGGCAGGGGGUUCCUAGUGUUGUUCUUGCCCUCGUACGGCUGCUCUGUCCUUUUGGGGAGGCCGGGAGGGUGUUGCUUUGCCCCUCCUCCUCUCCACGCUGAACACCUGGGCAGGAGGACAGGUGAGCAACAGGCCCCCAGGUGGGCUGCAGCACACAGUCACCUGCUGCGAGGCAAAGUGAGUAGCACAGGUGAGCAGCAGCAAGGCGGCCACUUUCCUCCUCCUCCUCCUCCUCCUCCUCCUCCUUCUCCUCCUCCUCCUCCUCGUGGUGCUGUAACCGUACCUGCCCCCUGAACUGUGUCUGCUUCCUCAGAAAUAGGGCUGAGCCACCUGGCUGGAGAGGCAAGAGGCGCCCUUGGAGUCAAGAUCCUUCUUUCUCUCCCUCUGCAGGAACUCCAGAGCAGACUGCUGAAAGGAUCUGCCGGGAUGCCGCUCUUCGGAUUGGGGUCCGGCCAGAAGAAGCGGCUGGAAGGUAAGAGAGCUGGACUCUUGCGGUGGGCACAGUUCCUUGGCUCUUGCCCAGAUGCCCUGCAGACUCAGCUGCUGCCUGGCGCUCCAUCCACCCGUCUCUCCAGCGGCAGAGCAGAGCCUGCGCCUGUCGGGCGUCUGGUUACAGCUCCCUGCCUGGAGCGCGGAGCCCAGGCCAUGUGCCCGGGAGGCUGGGUAGGCAGCCGCUUCCCACAAGGGGUGGAGGCGCAGGGGGUUUCUCUCCCGAAGAGAUCAGAUUUGUGGGUCACAGAGGUGUACACGGGACACCCGGCUUGGUCCAGUCAAGCUCCUUGCAAUUCAUGGAAUCGUGGAAUUGUCGCGUUGGAAGGGAUCCUGAGGGUCAUCUAGUCCAACCCCCUGCAAUGGAGGAAUCUGUUCUCACAGUGGCCAGCCAGAGGCCCCAAUGGGGCACCCUCAAGCAGCCCCUCCUGUGCUUUCCAGCAGCUGGGAUUCAGAAGAAGGGCUGCCUCUCCCUAUCACUGCCCGAUUAAACCCUGUGGAGGCCCCUAGGCAGUUGACCCCCUCCCAAAUCAUCUCUUAAUUUUUAAAAUCAAUAUUGUUUUGAUCUAUUGCCAUGGGGCACAUCAGUCGGGGCCUCCUCUGCCUGUUUGGUAAUCUGGCACUGCUCACUAAGCAGGCAGAGCUGAGCCGCCACGGAGCGUGGCCUUGAGUGUGGAAGUGCUGGCUCUGUUGCUCCGUCCUCCCCAGCUGAUGGGGCAGCUUCUGCAUGAGCCCAGCAGCCUCCUUGCUGCAGAGGUUUCCUCUCCAGGCUGUGGGGGGCAGCAGGAGCACUGCCUUCUCUGAAGCAGCAAGGGGAGUGGAGCUCCGAUGCUUUGCCCCCCCCCUUGCCUUUCUCCCUCAUGUGAAGCUAACGCCCAGCAAGGGCUUCUGCAUCUCCAGCCUGCCACAUGUGCAGGGAAAUGGGAAGUGGAAGGAGGUUUGUGGCCCAGCCAGAGAGCCCGGCCUCUUUCCCUUUCACCUCUCACUUCUCCUCUGGCUCUUUGGGGUGGAGAAGUGCAAGGACCACGUCCGAGAGGGGGGCUGGACCUUUGAGAAGUAAAGAAGGGGAAUCUCUCCCCAGGGCUGUUCUGUGGCUUUGAGCAAAGUGGCUUCCUGCACGUGGCCUGGCUUGGGGGGCUUUCAGGGCUGCCCCCUCCCCGUCCUGUGAUUCAAGAUGAACUCCGGCAGUGCAUUUUGGUUUGUGUGUGUCGGGAGGGGGGGGGGAGGCUGAAUUUCUCGUUUUGUGCUCAAUGGGCAGCUUAAGCAAGAAGGGAGGAAAUUGUGCAACCUGCCAGAUCAUUGCCUGCUGAUUCCUCCUCUGAAAGGCUUUGACUUGUCCACGCAAAGUCCCCCUUCGCUCGCCCUGGCCAAGAGAUGUUUGGAAAUUGGUCUGCCCCUUUUAUGCAGGAGGGAAGGUGGGGCUUGGCUGCUCCUGCGAGGUUUAUUUCUCAGUUGGGGGGUGGGGUGGGGUGGGGUGGGGGAGAUUCAAGGCUGCCCAGUGAUCUUUAUUCCAAGGAAAGCUUACCUAUAUUUCUUUGUGCUGUGGUUUAAAACAGUUUAAACGCAAGCAGUCGAUAGCACACAUGAACCAGACCUCAAAUGGCUUUCAAAACACCCUCAUUAUGUAACAGUGGCGCCAUGAAUAGUUCCCGUGUCUUGCAAGCCCCCUUUGGGUCCUUCCUGUCUUCCUCUUCCUCCUCCCUUCAGUCUCUCCUGGCCUCCCUCUCCCUCCAACUGCCACCAACUGACUUUCCCUUUCUUAGAACUUUCCCAGCUCUCUCUUCCUCAGACCCCCCCCCCCCCACAUCCUGCCAACUCAGGAGAGGGUGCAGGGCACCCAUCCCCCCACAAUCGCCCCCCCCCCCCGCUGGCUGUGGCUGGAGAGAGUGGCUGGGCAGAGCUGCUUUCCUGGGGAAACCUCCAAUAAAUGUAUGUUUACGAUUUAGGGGGGCUGCGUAUGACAGCGUCCGGGGAGCUGAUUUGGCCAGGGGAAAAGAUGAGAAGAGCAAAUAUCCAGAAGGAAAGCGCAGGAUGUCUGAGCUGAAGUAGGUCUCCCUCCCCUCACCCUUCCGAAACAAUUCCCUCUUUUGAAAAGACCACAACCCCUAAUGCUGCAAAGGAUGGGGUGGGGGCGGGUGGAAGCCUGUUCUGUAGCCUCAGGCCAGGCGGGUGGGAAACAGGUUUGGGGUGGGCCUGAGCUCAGUGGGAGCUAGAGCUUUGCAUGCGGGGGGGGGGGGUCCUGGCUUCAGCCAGGAGACCUUCAGGAAGGGCUUGGAAAGACCGAGGCGGAGACCCUGCCAGGCAGCGGGUGCAGAAGAUGGGCUGGUGGCAGCUUCCUCUGCUCCUGGGCUUGGCUAGUAGCUUCCAGAACAAACCUUCCCUGAGCUCUGGCUCCGAGGAGAUGCUGUGAGUUAUGAGAAAGAGGCUGAGUGUGCCUUGUUGUAGCUCCUGAAUCAGGAAGCCUCAGGGGGACCACGUGAGCAGCACAGAAUCCGAGGCAGAACCACAUCAGUCUCUCUGAGGUCCAGCAGCCCAACUAGCGAAGGACCUGCCCAAGGCUGGCUAGGGGCUGUGCUGGGCCACAGCUGGGGCUCCUUUGGCCUCUGUGACCUGGUGGCCGUGGCAUGUGAUGAUGGGUCAAGCGGCACACACAGAAGAGCCGAGCCCUGGCUUGCAGCCGAGGAAAGUUGAGAAUGUAAGAAGAGUCUGUGGACCCGGCCAGUGACCCCUCUAGCUGAGCAUCCUGUUCUAGGUGCCUCUUUGGGAAACCUGCAAGCAGCGUUCAAGCAGAAAAGUUCUCCUGCCAUUUCCAGCAACUGGAAAAAGCAUCGCUGCCUCUGACUGUGGAGGCAAAGCAGAGUCAUCCUGGCUAGGAGCCCUUUAUAGCCCUUCUUCAGCUGCCUUGCAAAGACCAAGAUGGGAAGGGGCUUCCAGUAUAGCAAAGCCCCUUCAGGAGCCCCCUCGCCUUUCCACUUUCUGGCCUUGUUGCUUAGGCGCAGCUCCAAACACAUCAAUUUAUUCCCACAUUUGGAGCUGGAAGACGAAAAGGGGUUUGUCUGUUUCCUGGCUGGCCUCUGGCUCAGCCUUCUCCGCCUUGACCGUUUCCUGCUUUUCUUUGCACUUCUCCCGGCUUCAUGGGAAAAGGUGGACAGAGCAAAGGCUUUCGAAGAGAACAAAGGCCAGCAGAGACAUUUACUGGAAAGUCAAAGGAUCCCGGCAGAAGAUGGAAAACCCCACUUGGCCCUUGCCCAACUUAAGAGGAGGAGUUGGAGUCGGAGUCGCUGUCUGUGCCCUUGAAGCCAUGCAAGCAGCAGCCGUCCCUCCUGGAGGCAGAACUGAUAACAGAAGAGCCUCUUAGCCGAGGUGGAACAUCACCUCCUUCCUCCUGUCCUUUUUCAGAUGUGGAUAUUUAGGGAGGGACUGAGCCUCUUGUGGGAACAAGGUGCUGUGAAACUCUGCAGCAGGAGUUUGGGUUCUCCUUUGGAGAGAUGAAUGUGUUGCUCCCCCCCCCCCCACAGCUCUUUGUGUGGAUCUGAGCAGGAGGAGAGAAAGCAAAGACCAGCCUGGGAAGGGGGGUGCUUGGGAGCUUCCUAUCGGGGCACCUUCUCUGCUUCUUAGGGGAACUCCCCAACCUCCUUCCCUCCAGAUGUUCUGGACUCUUCAGGCCUGGAUCUCCAAUGCCUAGGAAGAAGAAGAAGAAGAAGAAGAAGAAGAAGAAGAAGAAGAAGAAGAAGAAGAAGAAGAGGAGGAGGAGUUUGGAUCUGAUAUCCCACUUUAUCACUACCCUAAGGAGUCUCAAAAGACAUGGGAGGCUCCACAGAGCUAGGGCUUGCCGAUCAGGUCAGUGGUUCGAAUCCCUGCGACGGGGUGAGCUCCUGUUGCUCAGUCCCUGCUCCUGCCAACCUAGCAGUUCGAAAGCACCUUUAAGGAGUCUCAAAGCGGCUCACAUUCUCCUUUCCCUUCCUCCCCCACAACAAACCCUCUGUGAGGUGAGUGGGGCUGAGAGACUUCAGAGAAGUGUGACUAGCCCAAGGUCACCCAGCAGCUGCACGUGGAGGAGCGGAGACGCGAACCCGGUUCACCAGAUUACGAGUCCACUGCUCUUAACCACUACACCACACUGGCUCUCACAAGGAAGCCUUGGUCAGGCUGGCUGGGACUGAUAGAAGCUAAGAGUCCAGAACAUCUGGAAGGCACCAGGUUGGCCAAGGCUGACCAAGGCCUGCAGGUGCUGGAGGUGCUGUUUGCAUGGCAUUUGGGCUUCCAGGAGGAAGUGAAGCAGCUGCUGGUUUUGCUUUCUGCCAUAGGAGUGGCAAAGGGCAGAACAGGAGGAAACAGGAGGAGGAAGAGGAGGAGAUGGGCUUCGAAAGAGGUGCAGGUGGCCUGGGGGUUGGGGGAUGCAGGGCAGAUACUGGGAAUCUCACUAUUAAGUAAAUCACAGAGAAGCAGGAAAGUCCCUUGGCCCACCUGCAUAAAUAUUUGCACAGGGCAUGAGAGUGACCCUUCUCCACCCCAGAGUGAAAUGGAAUAUUUUGUCCUGGGAAAGGGAGGCUGUCCCUGGUGGUUCAGACAGAAUACAUCUGGUUGCAGCAGCAUUAGCAUCAAGAAGAAGACCUCCCACCACACUGCCACCAUCCUCUGAACUUCUGUGUGGAGCAUAAGGGACUCAUGGGACUUGUCGGCCGUUAGUCUCCUGGGCCGGUUGCUGGAAGGUCUUUUGAGUCCAGCUUUGAUGAGGUUCUCCUGGAUCAAUCCCAUGCUUUGCUCACAGGGAAUCUCCUCCAUCCCUUCCCCACUUCCAGAACCAAGAUGAUGGCAAAAGAAGAGCUCCCAGGAAAAGUCUGGAGAUCAUUUCUGGCACACCAGGAGACUUCGCCUGCUCCAAUCCCAGCAGCUGGUCUAAGAGCUUCAGGAGGUCCACCUCCGCUUUGCAGUGGGUGGUGUUGGCGGGCACAAGACCUUGGGCUACCUAGCUGGGUCUCCCACCUUUAUACCAGGAGCACCCCUCCUGCAGGGACUUGUCACUUCAGCCUCGAAGGCGCCCUGGAGCAUCCCUGCCACGAAAGGGGCUACUCCGAAGGAAAAGCCCACCUGCCUGCAGUUACCUGUGCUAGUCAUCUGUAGUCCAUCUCUGGGAAACACAAAUAGCAGACUCCACCCAGCAAGCCACCUUCUAUGGAGUCCUGGCCCUGCUCCAUCUGACUCAGGAGUGUCUCUGCUGACUGACAGAAGCUGUCAAAGACCUGGGUCGCAGGAAGGUCCUUGGCCAGCCCUACACCACCAGACCUUUUUGAUGGGGAUGAAUCUGGGACACAAUGUGCAUGCAAAGUGCAAGGGAUCCAAGCCCCCCCCAUCACCUCCAGCUCCCAGAACUUUCUCCUGAGCCCAACCAUCAAGUCUGGCAUCCUCUGCUUCAGGGGCUACAGCUUCCACCAGCCCCAACCAGUAUUGCUAGUUGUGAACAGUCAGGUGGCACCUGAAGGGCUCCGCUGGCACAAGGGGGUCCCCAAGACCCCUUUAUUGGUCCCUGGGUGGGGGCUGCUCUUGGGACCUAGCGCAGGCAGAAGAGGUUGUCUGCCCUGAAGUCACAGGCUUCUCUGCCUUGAGGUGUGACAUCCCUUACCUGAGUCACCUGCGGCAGGUGACCUGCUUGUGGCCUCUGCUGGGCUGCUCUCAUGGGGAGGAGCCUUCUUGGGUUUGGCCUCCCAGUAGGGAGGGAGGUGGGGGGGCACAGUCCCUCCCCUUUAUCACUCUAGGAGACCCAUCAACUUCCCAGGUAGUUGGCGGGAGUUAGAACCAGGUAGAGGAAGCAGUGGCGACUUGCGGUAAUGUGACCACAAUUUUUGCGUGUGAGUGAGCGAAUGGAUAAUGCUUCUGCUGCCCCUCCCUCCCUCCUCUCUGCAGGGGACCUCUAGCUCCUUAGUAAGUGAGAGACACCUGCCAAUCAAUCCCGCCCACAGCGCCAUGGAGUUCUCUUGCCUGGACUGAUUUCUUCAAAAUGGGGUAGAUUCUUCCCGCGGUGCCGUCAGAUGCUGCAUUCAUGAGUGAGAACGGUGUCCGCCGUCAAUAUCACCGUUUAGAUGCCCUCCUUUCCUGGGCCGCGACAGGUGCGAAUAAAUAACAGCAUUUGUUCUUAGCGCUAAAGUAGACUUGAGUCAGGGCCCCAUAGCGCCAGCUCACUAACCAGAGGGAUCUGGGAUUUACGGAGGGUGCUGAGAACUCUAGCUCCGUGAGGAGGUCAACUGCAGUUCCCAGGAUUUUGGGGAGGGGGCUAAGUGCUUUAAGUUUGCUCUGCAUAGAUGGUGUAGCUGUGACAGGGGUCUGCCUGUUUGCUUGACUGACAGGGGCACUUCUCCCAAGUCUCCUAAAUGGCGCAUGAGAGAGUUGCCCCUUUUUCUUUAUGCCUUUGCUUGUUUCCAUUUCUUCCACUCUGCAUUUCUCCACUAAAGUCCAUGCAGGGUGGCUUGCAAUGAAACAUCAGAUUGUGAGAAAUAAUUAUAAUUAUUUAUACCCCACCUUUUCCCCUAAUAAGGACUCAAGGUGGUUUAGAGGUAAAAAUCAUAAACACAAAACAGCAAAAGCCAACCAUCCCUUGUAGAUGACAUGGACACUGACCAGUAGGGCCCUGAGACACACAACCCUCUUCCACAUAGUGCAACCUCAAUGGCUUUGCUUGCCGGGAGAAAGACAUUUCCCUAGGGGCUCCUGGGGAACACCAAGACAUUGUGACCCCCAGCAGCCGAGGUGUUUGCUGGAUCGUGCUCAGCAAUUCAGUCCUCCCUGCGGAUUCCUUGCACAAAAGCCCUGCUGUCUGGGGAAGCCCUGGGCUCCAGUUCCCCUUAUCUCUCUUGCUGUUUAAUCAUUGACCCUCUCGCGGAGGGCAGGCAGCCUGUCUUGGCCCCCCUGCUCUGGAGAAAGGCUCUCUGGAUUCCUGCGGAUGAAUCCAGCCGUUAUCCGCCAGACCAGAAAUGGCUCUGAGGUCUCUGGAGUCCCACCACCUCUCAAGAAGGAGGGCCAAGACUGCGGCUGAGCGGCCAGAGCUUGUCCUUUUGGGUGAGUGAGCUGGGGGGUGGGGCUGCCCCCAAAUCCUUGACUUUGAACCCAGGUGUCAGCCGUGACACUGGUGACAGAGCGAGGAAGAGGGCGUCCGAGUGUGCCAGGGUGCGUUAUCUCUCGCAGCGGAAUAAACAAAGCCUGUAUUGCAGCAGGUUGGACUAGACGCAACAUUUUACCUCGCGGAGCGCAUCCUUGAGCACUCAUUCCACAGCGUAAGAACAGGAUAGAAAUCUUAAACACAUUGUUGUGACAGGACUGGUGUCACAACUCUCCCACCGGCACCGGUGCUAUUUUAAGACGCUCUGGAAAAUUAAAGGUUUCAUCUCCUCCUUUAGAGACUAUGAGGCUCCUGUGGGAGCAUCUUUUAAGAACAUGGCUUUUGAAAAGGCUCUGAAGAUCUGUGGCCGAGAGAAGGGGGUUUGUGCCACCUGCACACAACUCGCUUGCGGAGCGGAGGCGCAAUGCCACAAGUGCUUGCAUGCGCCUGCGGUCGUAUGUGCAUUGCGCGCUGCCCCGCAAUCUCUGAAUGGUGGGAGAUUCCAGGGGUUCCAAGUACUUGCCCAGAGUUCGUGUUUGCAUUUGGGAAUGAGGCGCAGUGAAGACACACUGGUGUCUUUAUGAUCGAUGGUUUGUUGACACAUACAUGCCGCCUGAGCCUGCGAAAGAGGGGUUCACAGCACUGACACCCCAAAAGAGUCUUGCUUCUCCCAGAGAUGCAGCCUUGAAUUCAAGCAGAAGUCAGCCUCUCUCUCUGCUUGCUGCCUUGAUUUUAGGUAACAUCACUCAAAAUUCAACUCUAAACUCUGGCUUUUGUCCUCCCCUUACCUGUGAGUUAACAGGUGGGCCCCACCCAUUUGCCCUCCCCCACAGGCUCUCCUUCCCUUACGAGAAGGCUAGCCUGGAUAUUCCAAGAUUCAGAAACCUCAAUUAGAUUUUAACACCUGCUUUGUUGUUGAGUCGUUUAGUCGUGUCCGCCUCUUCGUGUUCCUGCCAGUUUUUAAUUGUGUGAGUAGAUCAGAGUCUCUUGGAAGUUGGCUGUCCCUGGCUAGAUGAUCCUGGGGGGGCCAUACAAUUCUGCAAUUCUUUGAUUCUAUGACCUCUGGUUGGCCACUGCAAGAACAGGAUUCUAGACUAGAUCCUUUGGCCUGAUCCUGCAGGCUCUUCUUGUGUUCUACGUUGAGGGAGGCAGCUUGGAGUGAAUCACAACCGCAACCCUGCCCUGGAGUUGGGUGGGGAGAAGGUAUCUCUGUGCUAGGCAGGCCCAACUCAGUCCUGGGCAGUUUCCUCCUUUCUUGCACCAGGUGGGCUGAGGUUGCAACCUGUCACACCACCACUGUUGCUGCUGACUUCAUGCCCCAUUGAGUUUGUGUGUUCGGCAGCAGCAGCCCCUUCCACUAGCCCAGAUGUCCCGCCCACUGUCCAGAUGUUGCUCUGUGGCAUCUUUCCCAAAUCUCACUGCCUGGGGCAGCGGAGAGAAAGGACUCCAGUUUCUGCCGCGAGAAUCUUGUUUAUUUUCCACAUUGUGAAAUCGGAGGUUGGAUGAGUCAUUCCCUCCAGUGUACUUAAACAAAAAACAAAAAACCCCACUCUUUCCCCACCUCCCUGCCUUUCCUCCCAAAUAUGUGGGUUGAUGUGCAUCUCCUGACCCAGCCAUGAGUUUCAGUGGGGAAUUCAAAUCUGGGUCUUCCUGACCUGACAGUCGUUGUGCCUCCUCCUGCCCCAUUUCUUAAAUGCAAGGGGCUGAGAGGCAUCCUUUGCAGACUCAUUAACUACGAACCCCAAAAUGUGGGGUCCUCUCCAAACCUGUGCCAAAGUUUUGCCAGGGUUUGGGGGGUUGCAGCAUUUUGCAGCAAACCCCCCACAUUUUGCAGCACCCCACAAACUAGCAAUUGAUAGAUCAAACAUGGGGAUUAUACUUACCAUUAACUACGAACCCCAAACUGCCUGCUCUCAGGCAACCCAUUGGCCAUGGGAGAUAAAUGCCAGGGGGCUGAGCAGACCAGGUCACACCAUGGAUUCACCCCAAGAAGAGUGGGCGGUGGUUUUUGGCUGCCACCCUCCAAGGCAGAGGAGGGAGAUGGGCAAAGGUCAGUCAGAAUCCCCUCCUGGCUUCCCGGCAGCCAUUCAUAUAUGAUGUUGUUGUUGUUGUUGUUUAGUCGUGUCCGCCUCUUCGUGACCCCCUGGACCAGAGCACGCCAGGCACUCCUGUCUUCCACUGCCUCCCGCAGUUUGGUCAAACUCAUGCUGGUAGCUUUGAGAACAUUGUCCAACCAUCUCGUCCUCUGUCAUCCCCUUCUCCUUGUGUCCUCCAUCUUUCCCAACAUCAGGGUCUUUUCCAGGGAGUCUUCUCUUCUCAUGAGAUGGCCAAAGUCUUGGAGCCUCAGCUUCAGGAUCUGUCCUUCCAGUGAGCACUCAGGGCUGAUUUCCUUCAGAAUGGAGAGGUUGGAUCUUCUUGCAGUCCAUGGGACUCUCAAGAGUCUCCUCCAGCACCAGAAUUCAAAAGCAUCCAUUCUUCGGCGAUCAGCCUUCUUGAUGGUCCAGCUCUCAUUUCCAUACAUCAUGACUGGGAAAACCAGAGCUUUAACUAUACGGACCUUUGUCGGCAAGGUUAUGUCUCUGCUUUUUAAGAUGCUGUCUAGGUUUGUCAUUGCUUUUCUCCCAAGAAGCAGGCGUCUUUUAAUUUCGUGGCUGCUGUCACCAUCUGCAGUGAUCUUUAUAUAUGAGGUGGAGCCUUGUCUAUGGGCCUUGGUGGGAGAGGCAGGCUGGAUGGCGGCGGCUGGUGCUUUGAGGUGUCAAGCUCUCCUGGGCCAGGAGACCCACUGCUGUCUCUCAGCAGCUUCAUGGCACAGGCUUGGCUCUGUGGGCAGAAGAAUCCUGGGCAGUGAUGAAGGUCUGGAAGCCAAGCCUUAGGAGGAACAGUUGAGGGAGUUUAGCCCAUGGAAGACAAGCGGUGAUAUGAGAGCCCUCUUCAGAGAUCUCCAGGGAUGGAGCAAGCUUCUUUUCUGCUGCUCCAGAGUGUAGGACCUGAACCAAGGGAUUCAAAUGGCCAGAAAGGAGAUUCUGACUCAACAUUGGAAGGCAGUGGACUCUCCUUCGCAGGAGGUUUUGUAGCAGAGAUGAGAUGUCCACCUGUCGGGGUUUUCUUCAGCUGUGAUUCCUGCGUUGCAGGACUAGAUGGCCCUUGGUGUCUCUUCCAACUCUUCAGUUGUGUGCUGGGUGCCAGAAAUCUCCCUGCUCUGCUUUUCUGUCUUCACCCUCCCUGGGGUUCAAGAGCUGCCAUGCAGAGGACCCUUCCAGGUUCUCAACACCUUGUAGGUGGGAUUCCAUCAGAGGUUGCCAAAUUCUUUUUUUGGGGGGGGGAAAUAAUAUUUAUUACUUUUCCAACAAUUUAAACACUACAAAAACAAUACAAUACAAUACAAAAACGCUACAUAACACUAACGCAUUAAACUAACAAAACAAAGCAAAAACAGUUUAAAACACAUCAAACAAUUUCAAUAUCUUAUCUUUCAUUCACUUAUUUCCACGACCUCCUCACACCUCCCUUUUUGUAUUCCACUUCUGUUAAUUGUUUCAGCAAUUCCUUUCCAUCUUCCUCUGCUUUCUAUCCUAUAAUUAUCUUAACACAUUCUAACCUUAUUUUUUCCUUCAAUACUCUAUUAAUCUAUUUAUACUUAAUUCCUUAUAACAUUUCUACUAAAGCCAUAUAACUUCAUUCCAAAAUUUUUCUAACAUUCAUUAAUUUUACAGUAUUUCUGUAAAUAGUCUUUAAACUUUUUCCAGUCUUCUUCCACCAACUCUUCUCCCUGGUCUCGGAUUCUGCCAGUCAUUUCCGCCAGUUCCAUAUAGUCCAUCAACUUCAUCUGCCAUUCUUCCUGGGUGGGUAAAUCGUGUGUCUUCCAAUACUUUGCGAUGAGUAUUCUUGCUGCUGUUGUUGCAUACAUAAAAAAAGUUCUAUCCUUCUUUGGCACCAAUUGGCCGACCAUACCCAGGAGAAAGGCCUCUGGUUUCUUCAGGAAGGUAUAUUUGAAUACCUUUUUCAUUUCAUUAUAGAUCAUCUACCAGAAUGUAUUAAUCCUUGGGCACAUCCACCAAAGGUGAAAGAAUGUACCUUCAGUCUCAUUACAUUUCCAACAUUUAUUGUCGGGCAAAUGGUAAAUUUUUGCAAGCUUGACUGGUGUCAUGUACCACCUGUAAAUCAUUUUCAUUAAAUUGUCUCUUAGGGCAUUACAUGCCGUGAAUUUCAUACCUGUGGUCCAUAACUGUUCCCAGUCAUCCAUCAUUAUGUUAUGUCCAACAUCUUGUGCCCAUUUAAUCAUAGCUGAUUUCACCAUUUCAUCCUGAGUAUUCCAUUUCAACAGCAAGUUAUACAUUCUUGACAAAUUCUUGAUUUUUGGAUCUAACAAUUCUGUUUCCAAUUUUGAUUUUUCCACCUGGAAACCAACUUUUUUGUCCAAAUUGUAUGCAGAGGUUGCCAAAUUCAGGUUUCUGCCCUCCGUAUUUAUUUGGCGCUCUUUGGUUCCUCCUCCUUGAGGAGGAGUCCAGAAUAGACUGGGAGCGGUCAACAGCAGCUGAAAAGGGGGGGAGGGGGGAGGAUCAGAAGACCCCCAGUGGAAGGAGCCUUGAUGGAUGCAUGCGGCUUCCAGGAUCAGAGACAGGAUGGGAACAGCAAGAGGCUUAGAACGUGGCUGUUGCAGCUAGUCCUGCAUUUGAGCUUCCUCUCUGGUUGGCUACUGCCAAAAACAGGUCUCUGAACAGGAUGGGCCCCCUUUGGCCUAAUCCACGCCCAGAGCUCCCUCCUUGGGAGGGAGUUGAAGGUGUCCUGGUGUGUCCUCCAUCCCUUGCUUUCCUUGCAAUUCCUGUCCCGUUUUAUGACUCCUAUCUCAUCUUCGCUCUGCCUUUAUCUCCUCCACCCUUAACCUUUGUCCCAGGCAACACCCUUGGGUUGCACAGACCUUUGGGUCCCGGCCUUAUCAGUUCUGCACAGACCUUAGCCUGGUGUCGGUGGUGCUGGCUCCCGGCAGGUGGCUUGUAAAGCAGGAAGAGGAAGGGCGUUCCUGGAUGUGCAUCCCACCUCUAGCCGGUCCCCAGCGGCUGCAGGACCCACAGACACCUUGGGGAGGGAGAACAUCAGAGGAGCUUGCUGGAUCAGGCCAGAGACCCACUUAGUCCAGCCUCCGGUUCUGCCUGUGGGAAACAAGCAACUGGGAUUCAGAAGCAGUGCCAGCUGGAGGCAGAGUGUAGCUGUUGCAGCUCAUGGCCACACUUGCCUUUAAGAACAUGGAUAAACAGAUUUUUAAACAGAGGUUGGGCGGCCCUCUGUCAGGGAUUCUCUAAGUGUCAUUCCUGCAUUGGACUAGAUAAGGGUCCCUUCCUGCUCCACAGUUCUAUGAUUUUCAUGUAUCUCUAAUAAUAAUAAUAAUAAUAAUAAUAAUAAUAAUAAUAAUAUAUUAUUUAUACCCCGCCCACUCUGGGCGGCUUCCAGCAAAAUAUUAAAACACAAUAAUUCAUGAAAUAUUAAAAGCUUCCCUAAAAAGGGCUGUCUUCAGAUGUCUUUUAAAAGUCCGAUAGUUGUUUAUUUCUUUGUUGUUGUUUUUUUAAAGAAUAUUUAUUCCGGUUUUAAAGUUACAAAGAAAAAAAGAGAAAAAACACACCAUACACUUGUUACAAAAAAUAGAGAAUAAAACAGAAAAAGAAAAAACAAAAAAUAAACAUACAUCACAAUAAAGAAUAACAAAAAUCAAAUUAGACCUUUACAACCUUUUUCCCUUUUACUUAUUUCCAUGACUUCCUCUCACCUCCCUGCUUUGUAUUCUAGUUUAGAUCGUAUCUCCAGCAGUUCCUUCUACCUUCUUUUCUUUUACUUAUUUUAACAUUCAAAAAUAUUUAAUUCUCCUCUAUCCUCAUUUUACACUUCCUUUUUACUUAUUCCAUUAUAUCAUGUCUGCCAAUAUGGCCUAAUAUUCUUUUCCAACUAUUUCUUUGACAUCUGAUGGGAGGGUGUUUCACAGGGCGGGCGCCACCACCGAGAAGGCCCUCUGCCUGGUUCCCCGUAACCUCACUUCUCGCAGGGAGGGAACCUCCAGAAGACCCUCGGGAGAUGGACCCCAGUGUCUGAGGUGCAGGCGCUCCUUCAGGUAUACAGGACCGAGGCUGUUUAGGGCUUUAAAGAUCAGCACCUACACUUUGAAUUGUGCUUGGAAACGUACUGGUAGCCAAUGUAGGUCUUUCAAGACCGGUGUUAUGUGGUCUCAGCGGCCGCUCCCAGUCACCAGUCUAGCUGCCGCAUUCUGGAUUAAUUGCAGUUUCUGGGUCACCUUCAAAGGUAGCCCCACAUAGAGCUCAUCUCCAAGCUGUGUCCAAGUCCCAUUUUGUGUCCCUCUGUCUUAACCUCUUCUCUCUCAUCCACAGAGCAUGAGAGGCACCUUCGCGCCAACGACCGAGCCUUCAACCUCCAGUUUGAAUAUGCCGUAAGUAACUGGGCACCAGCAGCUGCGUAUGCCAGCCGAGCUCGAGCCAAAUGGUCACAGAGCAAGAGCUGCUGCCUGUUUAGAGUUGCCACUUGGAGAGUGUGGGUAGCUUGCGGGGGCGGGGAGCACCUUGGAGUUGCCAGGCUGAGUUUUACACACCGCCAGAGAGUUGCACUAGGAUCUGAGAGACCAGGGUUCAAAUCUCCCCACUUGGCCAUGAUGCUCUCUGGGUGACCCAUCCCAGGGGGCAGCUGAUGCCUGACCAGCUGGAGUCUCUGGGCACUUGAAUAGCAUCUGGGUGUGUUUGUUUUGCUGCGGCUCUUCCAGCUGGCAAUGGGGUCUUGUUGUUUAGUCGUUUAGUCGUAUCCGCCUCUUCAUUACCCCCUGGACCAGAGCACGCCAGGCCCUCCUGUCUUCCACUGCCUCCCUCAGUUUGGUCAAACUCAUGCUGGUAGCUUCAAGAACACUGUCCCACCAUCUCGUCCUCUGUCGUCCCCUUCUCCUUGCGCCCUCCAUCUUUCCCAACAUCAGGGUCUUUUCCAGGGAGUCUUCUCUUCUCAUGAGGUGGCCAAAGUCUUGGAGCCUCAGCUUGACGAUCUGUCUUGGAAACCUGCAAAAGCAGGAACUCAAGCAAAGCACCCACUAAGCAGGAAAGGGGAGCAGCCAGAGCAUUGCGGAGCUCUGGACAGCACUGCUGGCGCCAUGGCACUGGGCUUCUUUUCCCCAUUGCAGCCCCCCAAUGAAGUUUCUGGGGGGAAGUGGUGGGGCAGAGGCAAAGUUGCUCAGACUUGUGCUUCUUAGGUGCAGGAGAAGCUGAAGGGUGGGUGAGCCCUCCGUGGAAGCAAAGAGCCCCACUGUACCCCCACAGAUGGAGAGAGUCUCUGGGCUCGUGCAGAGUGACUUCCAGCCGAGUUCCUGGUGCUGAAGAUACUUGGCAAACCAGUCCCCUUCCUCCUCGUGAGGCGUUUUCCUGCCACAGAGCCUCAGGGCCAGGGAAACCUCAGCUUCCCGUGUGAACCUGUCACCGGACUGUACCUUUUUGUUCCUGCAUUAGCUGAGCAGAAGGCUCUGCAGGAGCGAGGAGGAAGGAGGCAAGAGGGAGGAAGCCAAGGAGCCUGACAGCCUGCGCGAGGACACACACACACAAACACACACCACCUUUUCCGAAUCUCACAUUGUCAGUCGCCCUGAGAUCCGCCAAGCCUCCUCUCCCUUCCCAAAAUAGCGCUGUGGAUUCCCACUCCUUGCUGCGAACUGACACCUGAAGCUGCUCUGUUGUGCAGGAGGCUUGAGUGAGAACAGGAGCCCCCAGGCUGGUGAGCAGCCCAGGGGGGCAAAGGCCUGGCAGGAAGAAGGUGUGAUCACAUUGCAGGCCUGGAAGGAGGAGGAGGAGGGAACAGAACGCAAGACCCUCAGAAGAGCCCUGCUGAAUCAGGCCACAGAAGAGCCAUCUCACCCCAGCACCCCAUUUUCACUGCUGCCAACCAAAUUGCCUGUGAGAAGCCCACAAGCAGGGCAUGAGCACAAGAGCUCUCUGCCCACCAGCAGCUGGCAUUUGGGGAAUAAUGCCUCUGACACUGAGCGCCUUUCUCUCCGUGAAUUUGCCCAGUCCUCUUAUGGGCAGCUUAGGGGGCAGCUGGCUCUGUGGAAGCUCCUCUGUCCAGGCAUGGUGCUGGCUGUCUCUGGAGCCAGGCACCCUGAUCCUGAUCACGAGACCCACACCUGAGUCCCUUGAGGAAUCACGAGCUGGGGUCCGUUUGGGGUUUGCAUCCCAGAUGCCAUCUGGAGGCGCAUCCACGUUCUCAGUGAAAUGGGCUCAGUCCAGCUUCCUGCCUGCACUUUGGUCCGCCUUUGAAUGCAUGUGCAGUUGUUUAGAUUUAUGUCCCACCGUUCUGCCCAGUGGCGCCCAAGGCCACCAUCCACAAGGGCUGGCGAAGAAGGCUAACUUUGCUCACAGAUCUCCUUAGCUGGGUGGAGGAGGAGGGAAACCUGGUCCCUCUCCGCCCUUGUCUUUCUCUCUCUCUCUCUCUCUGUCUCUGCGUAUCCGCGCUUGCCGUUUUGCCUUGUACCAAUUGUAGGUGGCACCCUGCUAGGCCCGACCCUGGCAUACGAUGGGUCAGAACUCUGACCAGGAACAAGGCAGCUUUUAAUAUUCCAAAAGAAAAGGGGGAAACCAAAUACAGAACAAUUAGAGCAGUGAGCGUGGCAGAGAAGGACGUUGGAGGGAGAAAAGAAGGGGUCGCUUUGGGGCAUGUACAAAUGCGAGCUAUUUUGGAAGCAAAAGCUGCUUUCUGGAAGGGCGUCCUAUCUGCUGAGGACGGGCAUAUCUCUGAACAAGUGGCAUCUACAGUCUUUUAAAGCAGAGCUUGGCUGGCCCUCGGUCAGGGAUUCUUGAGCUGCAGUUCCUGCAUUGCCAGGGGUUGGACUAGAUGACAUUUGGGGGAUCCCUUCCAACUCCACAAUUCUAGGAUUCUGUGCUUGUCCUCCCACUAGAGCCAGUUGGUCAAGGUGGUGGACCCUGGGAUAGAGAGAGAGCCCAGCCCCUGCAUCUCCCACUUCCUCCUCUGCUGACCAGCCCUUUCUCCUUUUCGGCAGACAACUUCCCAGAAGCUCCUCUGAGCUCAAGGGGGGCUGGGAGCAGAACAAUUGGUGGGGGCUGCCUGUCUGGAGGCGGCCAGGCUGAGGAGGAGAGCAAAUGACUUUGAGGAGGAAACGGGCUGGCCGGCAGCCUGGCCUUGGCUGUCAACCAGCCCAGCUGCCCAGGGUGGAGGAAAGAGAACCGGGUGCCUCUUCCAAGGGCAGAGAAAGCGCUUAAAGGCACAGGAGCCACAGCUCAGACUGGCUGGCCCUGCCUCUGGUGCUGAGGAUCCUGGCUUGGCCACUGAGCACUUCCCAUGCGAUGCCCCUGGAGAAGGACCAGGCCAUAGAAUCCUAGAAUGGUAGAGGGACCCCGAGGGUCAUCCAGUCCAACCCCCUGCAAUGCAGGAACAUGCAGCUGCCCCAUAGGGGGUUGAACCUGCCGCCUUGGUGUGAUCAGCAGCACCAGCCUCUGACCAACUGUGCUAUCCUGCAAGCAUCAAGGCUGGCAAGCAGGCAGCUGGGCCAAGGCAAAAGAGCUCAGAAUACCAGGAGACUCCUGCAGUGACUCAGGGAAGGGGCAAAUCCCCAGCAUCAGCAUCUUUCCUGCAGUGGCCAAGAGGGUGCCCCAAUGAAGAGCCGGGCAGCAGGGCCAUAACCCUCCUGUGCUGAUUCUCCCCAGCCACAGAUUUCUAGAGUUAGACUGCCUCUGAACAUGGAAGCUCCACUAAAGCUGUCAUGACCAGAACCCACAGCCUGAUCUAUCCUAAGCAGUUCCCAGGCAUAGAUCUCGCCCCGUGGGCACCUUGGCUGCUCUUAAGAGUCCUGCCUUAUGCAGCCGUGGACUUUAGCAGCAGGGGAAGAAUCCAGUCACCCAUCCCUGGAUGGGGGAUUCAAAUGACAAGAAAGGAGAGUCUAAAGAGAGUUUGGAUGAGCGCCUAGUGGAGAGUCUGUUGCUGCAAUUCCUGCAUUGCAGGGGGUUGGACUUGAUGACCACUGGUGUCCCUUCCAACUGCAGUUCUGUGAUUCUGUGACAUGAAGGGCCUCCUGCCAAGGCUCACUGCUGCAGCCCUCUUGGCACCCCCAGGAUGUGCUCCUGUGCAGCAAGAGAAAUGGAGGAAGCUGAGAAGAGGAAGCCAUUGCAAGCCCAGGCCAGGUACGGCUGCUUGUCUUGAGCCCCCAGCCAGUUGUGAGCUGGCACAUCACAGCUAGCAUGGCAGGGAAGCAGGGCUGCAGCCUCUGCCUGCCAGUUCACCCAGAGGUGAAUGAGAUGCCUUUCCGUGUCACUCUCACUGCCUCCCAGUCCGGGUCAGCCAGGGCAGAGUCUUUCUGAGAGAUGGUUGGAGGAGCUGGGAAUGCUUGGCCUGGAGGAGAGAAGACUGAUACCCAAUAUCUUUCGAUAUCUCAAGGGCUGUCACAUGGGAGAGGGAGCAAGCUUGUUUUCUGCUGCUCUGGAGGGUAGGACUCGAACCCAUGGCUUCAAGUUACAAGAAAGGAGAGUCUGAAUAAACAUCAGAAAAAACUUUCUGAUGGCAAGAGCUGUUUGACUUCAGGGUGGAAGAUGGCGGACUCUCCUUCCUUGGAGGUUUAUAAGCAGAGGUUGGAAGGCCAUCUGUCAGGGAUGCUUCAGCCGAGUCUCCUGCAUUGCAGGGGGUUGGACUAGAUGACCCCCGGGUGUCCCUUCCAACUGUCUACAAUUCUAUGGUGCUGUGAUUCUCUGGCAGAGCGCUUGCGCAGGGCAGAGGCGGGUCUCCUUGGGAAGAAAAUGUUUCUGCUGCAACUUCACGCAAUGGUAGCAAUCAUAUGGGGGAGGAUUACGGCAAGCUCAGCACGGAAGGUGCUUAAUGAUGAGCAUGUCCCGAGUGCUAAUCACCCGCUCAUCUUCCCUCUGCCACAGUCAGACAGAGCGCCUGUUAAACACAGCAGGAGGACCCAAAACACUUCGGAAGGAGGUGGAGGCAGUGCUGUGCGUUGCAAUCCUUGCAGAGUGGUUGCUUAGCUCCACCGUCUCUUAAUGACCGAAUCCCCAAAAGCGGCAAGAGCAGGGGAUGCUGAGCCAGCGCAGCUGCUCUCUGGGGCAUCUCCCCAAAUUUAGGAAUCUCUCUUGUAGUCUGAGCAGCCAAGGGAGAAGCCCAGAACUUGAUGGCACCAACUAAGCCCCCAGUUCAGAAUCGCCCUGCAUCUGAAAGAAUUUGCACGAGCCUUUCUGUGUCUAGAGGCACUCUAGAAAUGUGUCUCCACAUUUUUGCAAGCAUUAAUCCUGCAUCCUGUUUAUGCAUCCGGGAGAACAUUCAGAAACUUUGCAGAACUGGGUGUGUGAGCUGAGCCUUCUUCCAGAGCUGCUGGGUUUGGCUCAGUUCAGCCAAAAAGCUUGGGAUUGGGGUCUUCCUUUGCCUUGCAGUCCUGGGCACCACAGGAUUUAAGUUUAAAAAGAAGGACAUUGACAAGUUGGAAGGGGUGCGGGGGAUGGCGAUCAAGAUGAUCAAGAGUUUGGAAACCCAGCCUUAUGAGGAGUGGUUGAGGGAGCUGGGGAUAUUUAGCCUGGGAAAGACGAAACUGAGAGGUGAUAUGAGAGACAUCUUCAAACACCUCAGGGGCUGUCACAUGGGAAAUGGAGCAAGCUUGUUGUCCCCUGCUCCAGAGGGGAGGACCCAAACCAAUUCAAAGCUCAAGAAAGGAGGUUCUGACUUAACAUUAGCAAGAACUUCCUGAUAGGAAGAGCCAUUUGACCUCCCUCGGAAGGUGGUGGACUCUCCUGCACUGGAAGUUUCUGAGCAGAGGUUAGAUGGCGCUUUGUCAGGGAUGCUUUAGCUGCGAUUCCUGCACUGCAGGAGGUGGGACUAGAUGGCCUUUGGGGGUACCUUCCAACUAUACAAUUCUAUGCUUCUAUAUGAUGGUGGAGCUCAUGUCUCUGAUUAGCCAUCUCAGGCCCCUCUCUCUGCUGCAUCCUGGGCUGUCCCUGGCUGGUGCUGCGUCCCACUGGCCCCAUCUUGAGGCUCUGUGAGUGUGUGGUGCACCUUCCCAGAUCAGGGGAUUAAGAGGCGCGGAGAGCAGAGAUGGGACAUUUAAUAAGAGACACGGGGGAAUGAUUAAUGGACUUCAAUGUCUGGUACACUAAUGCGCAAAGCAUGGGAAAUAAACAAGAUGAGCUUGAGCUCUUGGUACAGCAAACUAAAUAUGACAUAAUAGGCAUCACUGAAACCUGGUGGGAUAAGUCCCACGAUUGGAAUGUAAUAAUGGAGGGAUACAAUCUAUUUCAGAGAAACAGACCAGACAAGAAAGGAGGAGGAGUGGCGUUAUAUGUCAGGGAUGUGUAUACCUGUGAAGAGAUCCAAGAUUUAGAACCUCAAAGCCAAAGUGAGAGCAUUUGGGUCAAAAUUAAGGGAGAGAAGAAUAACAGUGACCUCAUUGUGGGAGUUUACUAUAGAUCCCCAAGCCAAACGGAGGACAUAGAUGAUGCCUUCCUGGAACAGAUGGCCAAGCAUGCAAAAGGAAGGGAGAUAGUAGUAAUGGGGACUUCAAUUACCCGGAUAUUUGUUGGAUGUCAAACUCAGCCAAGAGCAUAAGGUCAAACAGAUUCCUCACUGGCCUUGCAGACAACUUCAUUGUCCAGAAAGUGGGAGAAGCAACAAGAGGAACAGCCAUUUUAGAUCUGGUCCUAACCAAUGUUGAUGACCUGGUUAGUGGGGUAGAAGUGGAAGGAUCAUUAGGCGCGAGUGAUCAUGCUCUUCUGAAGUUUACUAUACAGCGGAAAGGAGCAGCCAAGCAUACUAGGACUCAAUUUCUUGACUUUAAGAAAGCUGACUUCAUAAAACUUAGGGAAGUGCUGGGUGAGAUCCCAUGGACAGUAAUACUAAAAGUAAAGGGAGUUCAUGAUGGCUGGGAGUUUGUUAAGAGGGAGAUAGUAAAAGCACAACGUCAGGCAAUACCAAUGAGACAGAAACAUGGAAGGUGCCUAAAGAAGCCAGGGUGGCUAUCUAAAGAACUUUUAACUGAGUUAAGAUUUAAAAAGGAUGUGUACAAAAAUGGAAAAGGGGGGAAACCACCAAAGAGGAAUUCAAACAAAUAGCCAGCAUGUGUAGACACAAAGUCAGAAAAGCUAAAGCACAGAAUGAACUCAGGCUUGCUAGAGAGGUUAAAAGCAACAAAAAAGGCUUUUAUGGGUAUGUUCGUAGCAAAAGGAAGAACAAAGAAACAGUGGGGUCACUCAGAGGAGAAGAUGGUGAAAUGCAAACAGGGGACACAGAAAGGGCUGAACUCCUCAAUGCCUUCUUUGCCUCAGUCUUCUCCGAUAAAGAAAACAAUGCCCGACCUGAAGAAUUUGGAGCAAAUGAUUCAGCAGAGGAAACACAGCCCAGAAUAACUAAGGAGAUAGUACAAGAACUUGGCUAGUUAGAUGUAUUCAAGUCUCCAGGGCCAGAUGAACUGCAUCCAAGAGUAUUAAAAGAACUGGCAGAUGUGAUCUCAGAACCACUGGCAGUCAUCUUUGAGAAUUCCUGGAGAACAGGCGAAGUCCCGGCAGACUGGAGGAGGGCAAAUGUUGUCCCUAUUUUCAAAAAGGGGAAAAGAGAGGACCCAAAUAAUUACCGCCCAGUCAGUCUGACAUCAAUACCAGGGAAGAUUCUGGAGCAGAUCAUUAAGCAAACAGUCUGUGAGCACCUAGAAAGGAAUGCUGUGAUCACCAAUAGUCAGCAUGGAUUUCUGAAAAAUAAGUCAUGUCAGACUAACCUGAUCUCGUUUUUGACAGAAUUACAAGCCUGGUAGAUGAAGGGAACGCAGUGGAUGUAGCCUACCUUGAUUUCAGCAAGGCAUUUGACAAGGUGCCCCAUGAUAUUCUUGUAAAGAAGCUGGUAAAAUGCGGUCUUGACUAUGCUACCACUCAGUGGAUUUGUAACUGGCUGACUGACCAAACCCAAAGGGUGCUCAUCAAUGGUUCCUCUUCAUCCUGGAGAAGAGUGACUAGUGGGGUGCCACAGGGUUCUGUCUUGGGCCCGGUCUUAUUCAACAUCUUUAUCAACGACUUGGAUGAUGGACUCAAGGGCAUCCUGAUCAAAUUUGCAGAUGACACCAAACUGGGAGGGGUGGCUAACACCCCAGAGGACAGGAUCACACUUCAAAAUGACCUUGACAGAUUAGAGAACUGGGCCAAAGCAAACAAGAUGAAUUUUAACAGGGAGAAAUGUAAAGUAUUGCACUUGGGCAAAAAAAAUGAGAGGCACAAAUACAAGAUGGGUGACACCUGGCUUGAGAGCAGUACAUGUGAAAAGGAUCUAGGAGUCUUGGUUGACCACAAACUUGACAUGAGCCAACAGUGUGACGCGGCAGCUAAAAAGCCAAUGCAAUUCUGGGCUGCAUCAAUAGGAGUAUAGCAUCUAGAUCAAGGGAAGUAAUAGUGCCACUGUAUUCUGCUCUGGUCAGACCUCACCUGGAGUACUGUGUCAGUUCUGGGCACCACAGUUCAAGAAGGACACUGACAAACUGGAACGUGUCCAGAGGAGGGCAACCAAAAUGGUCAAAGGCCUGGAAACGAUGCCUUAUGAGGAACGGCUAAGGGAGCUGGGCAUGUUUAGCCUGGAGAAGAGGAGGUUAAGGGGUGAUAUGAUAGCCAUGUUCAAAUAUAUAAAAGGAUGUCACAUAGAGGAGGGAGAAAGGUUGUUUUCUGCUGCUCCAGAGAAGCGGACACGGAGCAAUGGAUCCAAACUACAAGAAAGAAGAUUCCACCUAAACAUUAGGAGGAACUUCCUGACAGUAAGAGCUGUUGGACAGUGGAAUUUGCUGCCAAGGAGUGUGGUGGAGUCUCCUUCUUUGGAGGUCUUUAAGCAGAGGCUUGACAACCAUAUGUCAGGAGUGCUCUGAUGGUGUUUCCUGCUUGGCAGGGGGUUGGACUCGAUGGCCCUUGUGGUCUCUUCCAACUCUAGGAUUCUAUGAUUCUAACUCUCAGCAGGCCCCUAAAUGGAACUGCUGAAGUGCCUCUGGAGGUGGGUUGAGCUUCCGAAAAAGCAGCUCCCUUUUUUGCACUUUCAUGCAGCCAAGAAGGAAACAUGGUUGUUGGCGCUUGACUUGGGGUGGAUCUGAAAGCGAGCCUCCCCCCCCAUUCUCUCUGCCUCCAUCCGAGGAGCCCCUGAAUCCUCACACCCACAUAAGAGCAACCAGGUGUCAGGGACCGUGCUGAGGAAGAAUGGUGGGAGCCAUCCUUUCCCCCUGCUCCUGAUCAGGAUCCUGAAUCUUCCCAGGAGCAGGAGGACAGUAUAGAUUUGGAACAGUGGUUUGCAGAGGGGCAUAGCUCAGAAGGCAGAAGCUGGGAAAUACUGGGUGGGGAACAACUAGGAGACAAAACACGGGGAGGGAGAGAGAGUUAACAGACUCCCUUUUGCUGGAAAGUGUCAUCCGCUCAGCCCAAGGUCAAGGAGAGCAGAUAAGGUGGCAGCACAGAAAGCACACGGUUGCGAGAUCAGGUUGCCAGACACGGAAGUGAUGUGGGUGAUUAGGGGGGAAGUAGGGGGGAGCAGCUUCAUUCCUAGAAAUGGAUUCUUUGUUCUCUCGCUAUGAUCAUUAAAAUUUCUAACUGGUAAGAGACUCCUUUCGCUUUGUUCUGCUUAUCUACUGCCAAAGGGGGUUGGGGAGCUGAGUCCCUGAAGCCUGACACUGGGCAGCUCUUUGUAUGUCACCUUAGCUGAGGAAGACUCUGUUUCUCCUGAGGCAGCAAGCAAACUCUUGGAGUGGGGGCAAAGGCCAGGGACAGGGAGGGGCUUCUGCUGACUCACUUUCUCCAUUGCUUGUGGGGAUGAAAUGGAGACCCUGCUCCCCAUUCCCCCAACCCUUUUGGUGUCUAGCAGAAUUCUCUUCGGUUCCUCCUGCUCCCCCCCCCCAUGUUGUCACCUUCCCCCACCCCCAGUGGCUCCCAAAGUGCGUGGUACCACCCCAGGGGUUGGAGGAUUACCUAGUGGGCGAUAAGAGUCGAGGGGAAGGCAGGGAGGGUGAUGGAGGUGUAAAUGACUUUGCAAAGCUGAUAGUACUGGAUCAAGUUUGAUACUUUUGUUGCCAUAAUUAAACCAAAUGGUUUUAAUGGGAUUUUGAAUGAAUGUGCAAUUGAUCACUACUCUUUUGAAUUUUAUUGCGUUAUUACCUUUCUGAGUGGUUCGUGGAAGCUGCUGUUCUGAAUAAUGUUUUUGAUAGGUUAUGGUGGGACACAGGGGAUGAGUUUAUGGAAUGGGGGUGGGAUUUGGGAACCGUGGGGUCAGGACCUCUUUGCAGCCCCCUUGUAGAUCCGGCUCUGGUCAAGGAGGUGGGUGGCUCAGCUUGGGACCAGGUGGCUGCCUUUGGAGGGGAGCGGGUCGCUGGCGUGCUGCCCUCCUUGUCUGCUGCCAAGGGGUGGGAAGUGGACCGGGUGCCCCUUUCUCUCCUGGACUCAAUCACCGCCUUUUCUUCCUGCAGAGAAACUCCAUCCAAACCUCCAAGUACAACGUCUUCACCUUCCUGCCUCUCAACCUGUUUGAGCAGUUCCAGCGGGUGGCCAAUGCCUACUUCCUCUUCCUCCUCAUCCUGCAGGUAGGAGUUCCCCAGCUCCUCCUCCUCCUGUCCCUUCCCUCACUUUUGCCACAGGGAUGCUCCCCUUCCGCAUCCGGAGGCAGCCUUCCCCAACUGGCGCCCUCUUCCAUCAGCCUGGCCAGCUGAAUUUGGAUGGGACACAUUCCAAAUCCUGGUUGGCGGUGCGCUGAGCCCCUGGCAGGGAAGCAGGCCAAAGCCGGCUGGUGACCCUUUUAAUGAACACUUUAUAGAGCCAUUCGACAGCGGAACGGACUCCCUCCAAAAGGGGCAAACUCUCCCUCCUUGGAGAUUUUUUGGGCAGAGGCUGGAUGGCCGUCUGUCAGGGAAUAUUGAUCUGUGAUUCCUGCAUGGCCAGGGGUUGGACUUGAUGGCCCUUGGAGAUCGCUUCCAGCUCUGCAAUUCUAGGAUGCCUCUGUCAUGGAAUUUUACUCAAUGUUGAUCCAGAGCAGAUUCCAAUGUAUAGUCAGUGGCGGAGCUGGCUGCAUGGGCUCCCAGAGCGGCAGCCCUGCCGUGCAGCCGGGGGCGGGGUGAGCUGUGCGGGGGGUGGGCAGGACGACCUGUGCACAGGGGCGGUGGCUCAAGCCCCCCACGGUGUGCCUUUUCAUCACCCCCCUCACGGAUGACGCCAAGGGGCUCACCGCCCCCCUUCCUAUGCCCCUGUGUAUAGUAAGCAGAGUAAAAACUUAAACACGUUGCAGGAGUCCCAAAAAAUAGACCAGAGGCCAUUGUAUUUCAAGCAGCAAAGCUUUACUGCUACUGAAGGUAAAUGAGCAUAAUGGUCACAAACGCAAAAAAUUCAGGAUUGGCCCUGUCCAUAAGAAGUCCAGUUGCAGCAGACUUAACUUAAACUUACAAUAACUUAUAAUAAGUCUAAACCAUAACACUUACUAUGUUCAGAAGACCAGAAGGAAGAGAGACAGAAAGAGAGAGUGAAGCCAAGGCUCCUUCUGGCCUUAUUCUUAUUGUCAGCAUGACUUUAACAGAAGAGAUAACAGAAGAAUUUAAACCAGCUGUACUCAGCUUCCCAGAAGGAAUAACCCAAACAUCAUGAACCUUCUGCUUGUUUCUUUUACGCAGAGAAGCUUCCAGAACCCUCUUGAAUUAAGUAGAAUAGGAAAGAUCUCUGCACAUCAGAUCAAUACUUUCUGCACUAAGAAAUGCAAACUGACAGACUCUGCCUGUUCUUCCCCCCUGCAGCUCAUCCCUGAGAUUUCUUCCCUCUCCUGGUUCACCACGGUCGUCCCCCUCAUCUUGGUGCUGGCCGUGUCGGCAGCAAAGGACGCCAUUGACGACGUGGUAAGAAUUUUGAGCCUGCAAAUGCCUCCCAUAAAGAGCUUGUCCUGUGGCCGACCCCCUUCGGAGCAAGCACCCAGCUUCCUCUUUGCACCCGGUGGGCCUUCAAGCGUCGCCUUCCUGGCCUGGAAAGGUCUGGCCGUUCUGCAGUCAGCGUGAUGUGGGACAGUCACAAAAACAAAUUAACCGAAAAAGCCUCAAAAAUAAAAACACAAAAUAAAUAGCAAAAACAAAAGCGCCAAACUUACUCCAUUCCAGAAGUCUGUUUGACUUCCAAAAUGUUUGAAAACCAAGGCACAGCUUCUGAUUGGUGCAGGCGCCCUGGAAACAAUAGCUAACAGCUACAUAGGAUGUCCAGCUUCUGAAAAACGUUUGAAAACUGGAACACUUACUUCUGUGUUUCUGGUGUUUGAGAACCAAGGCGUUUGAGUACCAAGGCACCACUGUAAUUCUGUUAUUUGCACCCUGCCCAUCUGACUGGGUUGCCCCAGCCGCUCUAUCAUAUACAAAACAUAAUAAAACAUAAGGGGUCAACACUGAUGUCUAGGAUACGCUGCCAGAGGGAGAGGGCUAACUUCCAACUCCCUGUUUGAGUUCAGGUUCCAUCUUUGCCUUCCAUGUUUUCCAGAAUCGACAUGCAAACGACAAGCAAGUCAACAACCGUCCUGUCAAGGUGCUGAUGAACGGCAGGUGAGCAGGGCUCUCUCCCCUCGCGACAGCCUUGCCAGGCUGCCAGCAUCUUUGCAGGGCAAUGUAGAGCUCAUCCACACUUCCCUCCCCCCGUCCCCAGGGAAAACUGCUCUUUAGUGCUCCAUCGGAACAAAUGGCAAUUCAGGUUUUCUCCGUUUGCUCUGAUUUAGCCCUAACAAACAGGUUUUCUGUUAUGCCUUGAGUUUGGAUCCCAGAACAAUACGCAGGUAGGAUUGUAGAAUGCAGUAACUUGAUUGGCCUAUAGGAACUGUCCAAUCCAGGAGGGGGGUUUGAAUCAGCCUAUCCCGUGUGACUGAUGGUGUCAAAAAAGUAUAUAUAGCCUACAGGAUGAUAGACUGUUUUCACUGUGAGUUGAAAUAAACACAAGGAAACCGAUGGCUCUACACGGAGUUUAUUUCAUUUUCCUUGGAAAAGGAGCAAGGCAAGGGGGAAACUGCUCAGACACAAUCUUUCUAGGAGAAGUGGAAGUGUGGGUCAGGCGAGGGACCUGGGUUUGAGAGCAACGGAAAGUGUGUUUGGAAGGUAGCCAUGCGCUUGCCCCUUCUUCCCCCACCCCCAAAUCCCUGAGUCUCUGAGCUGGGACCUCAGACCCAAGAAGCCCCUUGAGAAAGGUGGCCGCUGUUGGACUUUCUUCGCCAACCGAGUUUGCGUAGCGACUGGGGCGAUGGAAUAAAAACUUGCCCACAAUAGCUUUGCUUAUCUUUAUUUUAAGCUGCAACUCACUGCUCUACACCAGUCAGUACCAUACAAAGCAUUUGGUCAACUUAAAUACAGUUUUCAAAAUAAUCAAUUACCCUAUCACAUCGUUGCAUUCAGUGCAGCAGGUAACCCCCCCCCCCGCUAAUUAGUUAAAUUGUUAAGAUGCCACAGGUGUGUUGAAUUGUUAAGCGCUCACAGAUGUGCUGCCAUGCAGGUUAUAAUUACAAACGCACACCACUGAGUAGCACCAUUGGCCACAUCAAUAUUAAGGAAACCCAACAGCCGCUCCUUUGCGUGGCUGGACGCCAGAUGCGCCCAGAAUCCCUUCUGGAUGGAGCCAGACUUUCCUUGCCUUAGGGAUCCUGGGGGCUCUGCUGUGGAGGUCUAGGCAGCCCCUGUGACGGGGGGGGGCUGCUUCGCUCUUUUUCCCAGGCAGAGGAAGCAAAGGCAGAGGGGGGUGGGGGUGCAGAGCAUGCGGCCCCCCUUCAGCCACCAGGGAAGGGGGCAAAGCGGCUGGAUUUGCCUGCGGGUGUCUCUGUCAGCCCCAUUGCAAAGCCAGGCCCACCCCCUGGCUGAAGGGCUCGCUGUGGGGGCUCUUUUCUCAUUACUCUCCUCUUCACCUUUUGCCUGUCUUUCCAAUGGACUUAUUUGUAAUCGGCUUAUGCGACACACUUCCUCUGAUAUCCCACCUUCCCUUGAAAUUAAAAUUGAGGCACUGCGGAGAAUUAAGAGCAGCAGAGUCCAUCAAAUGCUAAACAGCCUUUUCAGAAUUUGCUAAUAUAAGAGGCAGGAUAAAACAGACAACAUUUUUUCCAAUGUUUUAGUGUUUUUACUGAUAAUUUUAUUGUUUUAUUCUCUUUGUAAACCACUUUGAGGGUUGUUUUUUUUUACAAUCAAGUGGUAUGGAAAUUUUAUGAAAUAAUCAUAAUAAAACAACAACUGCUGAUGAAGUGUGGUUUUCUUCCAGCCUGAAGGAUGAUCUGUGGCUGAAUGUCGAAGUCGGGGACAUAAUCAAGUUGGAGAACAACAACUUUGUGACGGUGAGUGCUGCUGCCUGGCCCAGCUGCCCCCCCCUCACUCCUGGGGCUACAAAGGUGCCUUUGAACUCCUUUGGAGACUCAGUUCCAGAGCUGCUUCUGGCUCAAGGACUCUUGUCCUACCAAGUUGGGCCCCCCAGACCCCUGCCCUGUGAAACAGGGAAGCAACAGCUCUCCAUGAUUGCCUCAGGCACAGAGGGAAAGAGAGAGGUGGAAUCUACACACAUUUUUAAAAGUUCUAAAAAUUCUUUUCUUAAAAGCAUUUUAAAGAAUACAUUGAAUUUUCCAUAAGCCUCACCAUCACCUUCUAGUGUCACAUUGUGCAUUGCACUUAAAACACACUUAAAUUGUUUUAUUUGCAGCUGUAUAGCUGAGUCCAGGGACGCAGGUGGCGCUGUGGGUUAAACCACUGAGCCUAGGACUUGCCGAUCAGAAGGUCAGCGGUUUGAAUGCCUGCUCCCGUUGUUCGGUCCCUGCUCCUGCCAGCCUAGCAGUUUGAAAGCACGUCAAAGUGCAAGUAGAUAAAUAGGUACCGCUCCGGCGGGAAGGUAAACGGCGUUUCUGUGCGCUGCUCUGGUUCGCCAGAAGCGGCUUAGUCAUGCUGGCCACAUGACCCGGAAGCUGUACGCCGGCUCCCUCGGCCAAUAAAGCAAGAUGAGCGCCACAACCCCAAAGUCGUCCACGACUGGACCUAAUGGUCAGGAGUCCCUUUACCUUUACCUAGCUAGUAGUCAUCAAUAGACUUUGUAUCCUCCAUUAAUAUCUCCAACCCCCUUUUUAAAGCCAUCUAACUUGGGGACCAUCACGGCCUCCUGUGGCAGGGAGUUCCACAGUUCAUAGGAGGCUCUAUUUGCCCUCUGAAAUAAGUUGCAAAAUCUGGGACCUUUUUCUUGAGGGAAGGAAGGAUGAAUGGAUGGAGGUUGGUGGUGCCUCUCGCCACGCGCUCUGCCCCAAGAGCCGGGUCUCCUGUCACUCUUGCCUCUUGCUGUUCUUUCCCUCCAGGCAGACGUGCUGUUGCUGUCCAGCAGUGAGCCCCACAGCCUGACCUACAUUGAGACGGCCGAACUGGAUGGGUGAGUAUUGUCGCUCCCUGGAGCAGCUGCUGAUGCAAUGGCAGCCCUGAAGUUGCAAACACAAAGAAGGGGGCCUUUGGGGGACCGGAGCUGAGAUCUGCAGGGCUGUUUGAAUUUUAUUAUUACGGUCACAGACCACUUCUGACUCACUUACAAUAUCAGGAAAAUCAUAAAACACGACAGGAAUACAUUGAAUUGCAAUUGGGUAUAAUAGAGACAAUUCAGAUAUAGCGGUAGUUAAAAAUAUAUAUUAAAUCUUGAUCACUUAAAUAUAACCUAAAAUUGUUAUUUAAAACCGUUAUCAUUUUGGUAGUACAGCUUGUUCCCUAAGUUUUAUGGCAGUCGCACAGAAUUUGGCCACCCUUAGUGUAAUCUCUAGAUCCUUGUCCUCUACCAGGAGUUUUAGACAUUGAAUUUCAGAUCCAUUUGGAGAUUAUUGUAUAACAGGAGUGAUAAAUACCGAGCGUGUAUCCCCAUAGAAACAGCAGAGUAACAAGGCAUGAGAGACAGUUUCUACCUCCAUCAAGCCGCAGGGGCAGACUCGUUCCACGUACGGUUUACCCUUGAAUCUGCCCUGCAAUAAGGCAGGUGGCAGCACGUUGAAUCUAGCGAGGGUAAAUGACCGCCUGUAUUUGGGUACUGCUGUUUGGUUACAGACUGGACUGGAUUAAAGUGCUCUGCUGCCCCAGCACAACAAAUCCACCUCGAAAAAUAAAUGGACUUUUUGCAGUUAGGAAAGCGAUAAGGAAAUGCAUUGAAAAGUAUGGAAGGAAUCAAACGAGUGUUGGAAAUGUAAAGAGAAAGAACAUUCUUUUUACCAAAUGUGGUGGUCUUGUGGUAAGGUCAAAGCUUACUGGGAAAUGAUAUACAAUGAAUUGAAAAGGAUAUUUAAAAUAACUUUUGUAAAAAAAAACCCAGAAGCUUUUUUUGGGGAAUCAUAGGGAUAGAACUACCUAAAUGGUAUAGAAAUUUAUUUGUGUGUGCUACUACAGCAGCAAGAAUGCGACUUGCCCCAAAGUGGAAAGAAGUCCCAGCAAAGGAAGAAUGGAUAUAAAAACUUAUGGAAUAUGCAGAAAUGGCAAAACUUACCAGAAGAAUAAGAAAUCAAGAUAACAAACUUUUUAUAAAAGAAUGGAAAUGGUUUAUCGAAUAUUUACAGAUAAAUUGCAAAUAGAUAAAAACAUUGGAGGAUUGUUGUAAUAACCUGCCAUUUUAUAAGAGUAUAUAUUUAAAGUAGAUAAUUAAAUGAGCAAAUUAACUGAACUUGGAUAUGCAGAAGAUGUUAAAAAAUUAAUUUAAGGAACCACAAGAAGGGGGGAAGGAAGUCAAACUUUGCAAUGUUAAAUUGAUUAUAAUAUUAAUGAAAUGCAUAAACUUGAAAAGUAUAAAUAAAAACUUUAAAAAAAAGAAAAGUAUGGAAGGAAGGAAGGAAGGAAGGAAGGAAGGAAGGAAAGAAGGAAGGAUUGUUAGAGCGAUGUACAAGCAUCCCACAAGCAAAAUGGAAUGAAUGCACAUUAUUGCAUAAUCUCCCUGCAAAUGAAGCCAAACUAACGAUCAGUAAGGACUGGAUACCAACUUCUGUCCAAACUUUGUGCAAAACAAUCAGGAUGAAUGCUCAAGAAAAAGGUUGUCUGGAUGAUGGCUGGCAGUCAGCAGCCAUUGUGCAAAGCAGGAUCAUGCUGGGGACCCUCAUUGCCAGGAGCAGGAUGCGGCCAAAUUGGGGGGGGGGGCACGAUCCAGACCAAUACUGAUGAAUUGGAAAAAUAAAAACGUGGCUCCCUUCUAUGAUUGGAACGAAGACUUAUACAAGCUCACAACAUAGGAACAACUUGCACAUAAACACAGACUUGCCACAGACAAAUUAAAGGAUAUUUGGAAUCCAUUCUUACAAAUACUGUAAUAGGUUAAGAUCUGGUGAAGUACAAAUAACAACCUUGUAAAGUAGAGAGUUUGGGGUCCCCUCCUCUUUAUUUUCCCUUCUACACAGGUUCUCCUUCUCUUUCUCUCUCUUUUAUUUACGUCUCACAAUGUUUAGUGCACAUAUAAUUAUGCACUUUCUGAACUUUCAAUAAAAUAAGGGAGAAAAGGGAACUCAAGCGUGAGAAGGAAGGACCUUGUGGUUUUGCGUCUGAUCCAAUUUCUCAUUGCAGGGAAACCAACCUGAAAGUGAAGCAAGCCUUGACCGUCACGGCUGAGCUGGGAGAGGAUCUGCAGGCGCUGAGCAGCUUCAAUGGUGAGUGCCCAAGGGAGGAGCUUGGCAGCCCCACAAGCAGGGGGGCUGGGGAGCCCUGGGGGGGCAGGAGCUGAGCUGCAGGUGAGAGGGGCUCCUGACGCUCCAGCCAACAGCUCUGCUGCUCUUGGAUGCACACAUGCUCCAGAUGUGUGGGGGUUUUUUGCAUCAGAGGCAAACCACAAAUGGUGCUCCUCCCCACCAGGGAAUUCCUGCAUUGCUGGGGGUUGGGCUAGAUGACCCUUGGGACCCCUUCCAACUCUACAGUUCUGUGAUUCGAGUCUAUCUAUACCAGGAGUAAGAAGCGGAAUCAGAUCAACCUUAAGCUCGUGGUUGAAGUGGGAAUCCAUCUAGAAUUGGAAGGAACCCCGUGGGCCAUUGUGGGCCAGGGGACCUGGCGUUGGACGGCUCAGAUUUUGGGGAGCUUUGCUGCCCUGUGGAUCUCAGAGCCUGAGGAUGAGGAAGGGAGAAGCAACUCUUGCAGCUCAGCCUUGCUCUGCAGAGCAAAAAGGACUUAGGAUGGGGCAGGGAGGCCCAUGUGGUUUGGGGGGGGGCUCAUCCCAGGGCAAGGCAACUGCCCCGUGUGAGGUCUGCGGUUCAGUCCUUGGCAGAAACUGUGCAGGGAUGGUGCCAAUGAAGGGACAGGAGAAGGUGCAGCGCUGGGCAAGAGGGACAGGUGGCCUUUUUUUACCUAAGGCAGUUUGCGUGUUCACACGCCAGGAAAAAAAUGAGUUCCUGUACGCAGGCUGAGACACUACCUGCCUGCGGACUGUCUGGCCAGAGUGGUGCAUGCUCUAGUUAUCUCCCGCUUGGACUCCUGCCUGCACUCUAUGUGGGGCUCCCUUUGAAGGUGACCCAGAAACUGCAACUAAUCCAGAAUGCAGCAGCUAGACUGGGGACUGGGAGCGGCCGCCAAGACCACAUAAUACCAGUCCUGAAAGACCUACAUUGGCUCCCAGUACGUUUCUGAGCACAAUUAAAACUGUUGGUGCUGACCUUUCAAGCCCUAAACGGCCUCGGCCCAGUAGACCUGAAGGAGCGUCUCCACCCCCAUCGUUCUGCCUGGACACUGAGGUCCAGAUCCGAGGGCCUUCUGGCGGUUCCCUCAUUGUGAGAAGCAAAGCUACAGGGAACCAGGCAGAGGGCCUUCUCGGUGGUGGCACCCGCCCUGUGGAAUGCCCUCCCUUCAGAUGCCAAGGAAAUAAGCAGCUAUCUUAUCUUUAAAAGACAUCUGAAGGCAGCCCUGUUUAGGGAAGUUUUAAAUAUUUAAUGCUGUACUGUUUUUAACAUUCGAUUGGAAGCUGCCCAGAGUGGCUGGGGAAACUCAGCCAGGUGGGCAGGGUAUUAAUAAUAAUAAUAAUAAUAAUAAUAAUAAUAAUAAUUCUUGGUGCAGAUCCCUCCGUCUUCAGGGCCCUGGAGGUUCCCAGGGAUAUUUCAAAGGCUUUGCUUAGCAGUUGUUGGGUUUUUUAAAUGUCCUUUUGGCAGGCAUUUUAACCCCAGCAAAAUCCCUUGGAUGGGGUGGUUCUUUGGGCCACUGCCCAAAGUUCCCCCCUCUCAUUCCUGGGCUUCCUGGCUUGACCCUUCCAUUCCCUGUCCGAGGCUUAAACAAGCGAUUUGCAGAGGCCAAUUUUCUCCGGAGUCUGGGAAUAAACAACGGGUGUGAGGCCAGGAUGGGGGGUGUGUGGAUGACCUUUUGCAUCUGUUUUUAUCGCUUUGGGUUUCUGGUGCUAUUCAGGGAAGUGGAGAGGAAGCAAUAUUCUGGGAUGGAGGCAGCUCUUCCCUGAAUGCUUUGAGGCAGAGAAACACGGAUCACUUUCUGCCCCUGGGGGAGACGCUCUCUCCAGCACUGCGUUGCCUGAAGCUGUAGGGGUUGUGCCAGAAGGUCAGAUUGGCCCACCAACCAUUUUUCAAUAUAUAUUACAAAUAUAUAUUUCAGCAGAUAACAUCAUACAGAAAAAUAAUGACAUAUCCCACUCGACACCAAAAGCUGGUGCUUGGACAAUCUGUACCAAAUAACAUCCCAGAAACAUAAUAAGCUAUUAUCCCAGACUUCUAUCUAUAGAGAAGGCAAUGAACAGUUUCAAUGAAGCAAAAAGUUUUAUAAUGUGAGCCUCCGUUUUAGCCAUGCCCAGAGCCAAGCUGUGCCAAUCACUUACAAAGGAGUCUUUGGGCUUCAAGCUUUGUGCCAAUUUUAUUUUAUUCUUUAAUUCUUUCGUAAUCGCUCUUUGACAUAGUUUAUUGUUCCAAUGAUCAGAGAAGCCCCUUUGAGGGUUCAUCCAGAUUUCUACCUCUCCAUUGCUAGAAAGCACGGAUCCAGGCAGUUUUCCUCCUGCUCUGUGCCUUCUAGCCACAGGUCUGAGCUGUUUUGCCCUUGUCCCCCACUUCCCCCCAGAAAGCCUGCUCUUCUGCCCAUCUGGAGAAAACCCAGUUGCUGUUCGUUCCAAUUCAGUGCCAGAACACAGAUUUCCUGGGGGAAAGCAGCAGCAGUGUGAAUGAGCCCUAAGUUCUUCCAGUAUCUUGUCAUUAUCAGCCUGGCUACAAGCAGAAAGAGAACUAGCUAGAGUUUUGAGCUGCAAGUUAAUUUUGUCUCCCGUGAAAAGAUUGAGGAGAGCCAGAUCCGGACAUUUUGUCCAGCAAUUGCUUUUUUAAUUGGACAGAUUCUUCCUCGCAGAACCCAGCCACUUUCCCACAUGGCCACCCCACAGCAUUCUGCACCCCCUCCAGCCGUUUGGUGCGUAGGAGGAGCUAUUAUGGGCUACCCGUAUAGGCGGGUGAGGUGCCAUUUUUGCCCUAUUUUAAGUGCCACCUCUUUCGCCGAGGCCGAUUUAAAAGGAGGCAUCAUCCACGUUGAGGUCCACCCUUCUGCACUGAUAGCAACCUGCCAUUCAGCUUCCUUAAACCACCUGCCUUGUGUUGUCUGAAGCUGUUGUGCAGGGAUCCUGUACCAGAAAGUCAAAUUACGGUAGCCCUUUGGACAUUUCAGUCCUGGACUCUCGAGGGAUCUCAGCAGUGACCCAGAAAACGUGAACCAUUCUGUAGGUGGUCUGAAGCCAGCAGCUUGGGGACCCUGUGUGCCUCCAGAUGGAACUGAAUCCCACUCCAUUCAGCCCUGACCAUUAGUCCUGCUGGCUGGGGCUGAUGGGAUGUGGGGUCCUAAAAGCACCUGGACGGGAGGAGCUUUCUGCAUGCAAAGGAGAUGCUCCACCCUUGAGCCACAGCCUCUGCCCCUUUGGCACAAUCUGGCACACUAGUGGGGGAGAAAAUAAACGGUGGUAUUUUGUGCCAGUGAUAUUUGGAAAUGCAGGGUUAAAGUGAUAGAAUUGAUUCCUGGAGGAGGAGGAAAGGGACAGAAACCAUAGAGAAGGAACUGGGUAGAACAAUUGACACAGGUCACAGCUGGCCAGAAAUGUUACUGAGCCGGCGCACAACGCAUCAACUGCACCUGGGGAAAUUGCACUGCUAUUCCAUUCUGUGUGCAUUUAAGAAAAACUGGUUUUCUGAGCUCUGGUGGGAAAAUGUAGGAGAGGGAUGUUUUGAUCAUGAUGAGUGAAGAAAAGUGUGGCUCUUCUGCAGUAAAUGCCCCGUGUGACCAUAGGAAUCUCAACAUGCUGUCUCCCAUCCAAUUUGAAACUAUACUGGACCCUACUUAGCUCCGCAAAGGUGCCAGCAGGUCUAUUGCUGCCCCACUAGGAGAAAGCCAAAGAAGUGUUCCCUGCGGAAGCUGCCCAGGAUGGUGGAGCACUUUGCGUGCCAGGCAUGGGGGGGGCAGAAGUUUGCCUAGAAUUCCUUGUCUCCCCACAGAGAUGUCUUGCACUGAGUGGCACCUGGUGCCUGGUCAUGUGUGCUCACACAGGACCCAAGCCGGGCGUUGGCAUGGGUGCCUUGGCUUGUCCGCAGGGUGGGGGUGGGGGUGGAGAGGAGCCUGUGUUGCUUUCUGCCUGUUUCUUUCCCUCACACCCCCCUUUCUCUUUGCAGAUCUUUGCUCUCUUUGCUUCUCUUCCGAGUCCUUUCCUGCUUCACUUCACCCCUCUGGGUCCUAGUCCCGCUCUGCCCUCUGGCCUCGCUUGCACCCGUCCGCCUGGUGUUCCUCGGAGAGUGGGUAUGCCAGCUGUGCAAGAGGAGGGGCAGGGCUGGCCGGGUUGAGGAGAUGGCUGGCAGCUGCGGGCGCUGGGCUCCCUCUCCUUGGAGAUGGAGAGAGGCUUUGCAGCUGCCUCCCGGGAGGGUCUCCAGCCCAGCCCCCCGCCCUGCACACCUGCCCCUUCGACAGAGCGAAUGUUGUGCUGCAGGUGGGGAGCUACUAAGGUGGGGGGGCCAGGGUGCAGAAACCCCACCUUCUUUGGAUGUUGCCAUGCUGACCCCCCUGGGCUGCUGUUUGGGGUGAACCCGAAAUGACUCUUACAGAGCCCCCUUCUGGCAUGUGGCUAAGGUAAGGUUACUGGACGUCCCUGUUUCCCGGAGACAGUCCCCAGAUUUACAAAUCAGUCCCCUGGCAAAAUCCUGUCAUUCCGACUCAUUUCAAUGGAUUCAUUGAAAAAAAUCUGGUAACCUGAGGCUAAGGAUUCUGGGCCUCAUCAAUAGGAGUAUAGCAUCUAGAUCAAGGGAAGUAAUAGUGCCACUGUAUUCUGCUCUGGUCAGACCUCACCUGGAGUACUGUGUCCAGUUCUGGGCACCACAGUUCAAGAAGGACACUGACAAACUGGAACGUGUCCAGAGGAGGGCAACCAAAAUGGUCAAAGGCCUGGAAACGAUGCCUUAUGAGGAACGGCUAAGGGAGCUGGGCAUGUUUAGCCUGGAGAAGAGGAGGUUAAGGGGUGAUAUGAUAGCCAUGUUCAAAUAUAUAAAAGGAUGUCACAUAGAGGAGGGAGAAAGGUUGUUUUCUGCUGCUCCAGAGAAGCGGACACAGAGCAAUGGAUCCAAACUACAAGAAACAUUAGGAAGAACUUCCUGACAGUAAGAGCUGUUCGACAGUGGAAUUUGCUGCCAAGGAGUGUGGUGGAGUCUCCUUCUUUGGAGGUCUUUAAGCAGAGGCUUGACAACCAUAUGUCAGGAGUGCUCUGAUGGUGUUUCCUGCUUGGCAGGGGGUUGGACUCGAUGGCCCUUGGGGUCUCUUCCAACUCUAUGAUUCUAGGAUUCUAGGACACACAGGCCCUUGACCCUCGGUGGAGCGUGGGGUGGCCUCACAGCCUUUGCUCUCCUGAUGCUGAUACUGUCAGCAGGCAGAGCUGCAUCGAAUCCUAGCUCUGUAGUGUUGGAAGAGACCCCCAAGGGUCAUCUAGCCCAACCCUCUGCAGGAAUCACAGGUUUUGACCUUUAAAGCCCUUUGUGGCUUAGGGCCCUCAUAUUUAUGGGACCGCCUCUCCUGGCAUGCCCCGCAGAGGUCCAUGAAUAACCAUAGUUUAGAGGCCCUAAGGAAGUCAGACUAUCCUCCGCCAGGGUCAGGGCCUUCUCAGUGAUGGCUCCGACCUGGUGGAAUGCUCUGUCCCCUGAGACCAGUGCCCUGCAGGAUUUAACCUCCUUCCGUCAGGCCUGUAAGACAGAACUAUUCUGCCUGGCCUUUAAUUUGAAUUCAGCCGGAUCUUUUAUUUCCCUUCUCUUCCCUCCCCCUCCCCUUUUAUGAAGAUUACCUGCUCUGGGACCUGACAGCUAAUUCUCCCCUGGCCUCCUUGCUGGCCCAAGGAGGACCAAUUCAGCCAGCUAGCCCUGGGGAUUAUCUAAUGCUUAUUGGAUGGAUUUCCCCCAAAUUGAUUUCUGAACUUUGAAUUUUAUUGUUAUUCAUGUUUUUAUACUGUAUUUUAUGCUGCUUCUAUGUUGUAUUACAAUUAAGUGUUUUAAAUUUGUUGUUAGCCGCCCUGAGCCUGGUUUUCUGAAGGGCGGGGUAUAAAUAAAAUUUAUUAUUAUUAUUAUUAAUAUUAUUAAUACUAUUAUUAUUUGCUGUGAGAGGGCAAAGAGCACCUGAGCUCACCUGAGCGCCUUCUGGGCAGCUGCUGUUCCUAAUGGGGAGAAGAGGAAACGCAUCAGAGAGAGUGCUGGCGGUGGACCACCGAGGCCCGAGUUCAAAUCUCUGCCUGGCUAUGAAGCUCAUUGCCAGGGACUGACCCUCAGCCUUGCAGGGUGGCUGGGAGCGAAAAGGGGGAGGCCCUCCUGCCCCCUCCCUGCUGCGAGCUCCUCUCUGCUCCUGGGUUUGCCUCCAUCCCAACAGAAAGGGCAGUCGAUCUGAUGUCCACCCAGAUCUCCAGGCUCGGCCUGGGACUCUGGCCAGCGGCGGACGGUGCCGACUCAGAGCGCCUGUUCUUUGCCUGCAGGCGAGAUCAAGUGCGAAGCGCCAAACAACAAGCUGGACAAGUUUAUGGGGACCCUCCUCUUCAAGGGGGAGAAGUAUGCCCUGGACAACGAGAAGAUGCUGCUGAGGGGCUGCACCAUCCGCAACACGGACUGGUGCUUCGGACUGGUCAUCUUUGCAGGUAAGAGCAGCUGGCCGAGAGAAGCAGGAGGAAGGGACCAAACGUCUCUGGUGUAACCAUGUAAAAGCCCCUCUCACUGGAAUUGGGGGUUUGUGUCCUCUAGCUCUCGAAAGGGGUCUUUUGCCCACAGCUGGGGGGGGGCACAGAAAAGAGCCUGGCUUGUGUCCAGGGCCAGAUUGAGGUUUGAGGAGGCCCUCAGCUCCUGAAGGUAAUGGGGCCCUUUCUAUGUCCAGCUGUCCUUUGUCAACAACAAAUUGUCUCUGAUUUUAUGUGUCAAAUAUAUGCUAUAUGGUAAUUUAUGGACUUAAUAGGUCCAUACACAACACAAAACACUGUUGCUGUAAGUAGGUUUUAUUUUAUUUGUUUUUUCUCUUAUGUUUUGGAAAUGUACAUCCAGUUUUUUCCCUUUGAUUUUUUUGGGGGGCCCCAAGAGAGUGGGGCCCUAAGCUAGAGCUUGUUUAGCUUAUACCUUAAGGAGCAUCUCCACCCCAUCUUCCAGCCUGGACACUGAGGUCCAGCUCUGAGGGCCUUCUGGUGGUUCCCUCAUUGCGAGAAGUGAGGUUGCAGGGAACCAGGCAGAGGGCCUUCUCAGUGGUGGCUCCCGCCCUGUGGAACACCCUCCCAUCAGAUGUCAAGGAAAUAAACAACUAUCUGACUUUUAGAAGACAUCUGAAGGCAGCCCUGUUUAGGGAAGUUUUUAAUGACUAAUGUUUUAAUGUAUUUUUUAUAUUUGUUGGAAGCCACCCAGAGUGGCUGGGGAAACCCAGCCAGAUGGGCGGGGUAUAAAUAAAAAAAGAUAAUCAUUAUAAUAAUUAUAAUAAAAAGAUAAUAAUUAUAAUAAAGAUGAUGAUGAUGAUGAUGAUGAUUUCUUCCGGCACUGCUUAUGGCGCUGCCAAGCGCCUCCCUUCCCUAGAUUCCUGCAUUGCAGGGGUUGGUCUAGAUGAACCUCAGGGUCCCUUCCAACUCUGCACUGCUAUGAUUCUGCAAAGCACCUGCAUCUCCCACAGGGCCCAGGAUGCCCAGACCCGAUCCCACAUGGUGGCUUUGUGCAGUGGGGUCCCUCUGCCCCUUCUGCAUCCUGAAAGGGGGCCGACUCUCGCAGGUGUGUCUGCUUCUCCUUUGGGCAAAAUGCCGCCUGCCUUUGCCUUCCCUCAAAUCCAUCAAUGGCUGCCAUUUGUCAGGGUCUCCUGCCUCCCAGGAGGUGCUUUGAUCUGGAAAUUAAAAUCCGACCGUGCAACAAAAAAUCAGACUUUUGUUUAACUGCCAGGGCCAGACACCAAGUUGAUGCAGAACAGCGGAAGAACCACGUUCAAAAGGACCAGCAUUGAUCGUCUGAUGAACUUCUUGGUUCUGGUGGUGAGUGCGAACGGCGGCUUCACUCCAUCUCUCAGGGCAUGAGAAUAGCAGCAAAGGGGGGCAUGCAUGGAUUUUAUUCAUAAGAGACUCAGAAAUCAAUUAUUCCUUCCCUCCUUCUUUGCAAGGACCAGGCAGAAACUAAGGUUCCUCACAUCAGUAGAUGGUAGAUUUAGGGAGUAGGGUUAGAAAUUUACUGGCAUUGGGGGGGGGUAUUUCAUGGAUUUUAUAAAAACUUUUAUAAAGUUUUUGUCCACUUAAUAUCUGAGUUUUCCAAUCAGUUUUACCAUCUCAGCAUAGUCCAUCUGCUUGGUUUGCCAUUCCUCUCUGCUAGGGACUUUAUCUUCAUCUGGGCAGCUGUUGUUCCAUACACAAAAAGUCUUUUCUGCUCCUUUGGGAUAUUGGCACCUAUGAUUCCUAAUAAAAAUUCUUCUGGUUUUUUAACAAAAAACAUUUUUUUCAUUUCAUUGUAUAUCAUCUCCCAGAAAGCUUUUACCACCCUACAAGUCCACCACAUGUGAUAAAAGGUCCCUUCUUUUUCUAUACAUUUCGAGCAGGUAUUUGUACUUGUCCUAUACAUUUUUGCUAGCUUAGUGGGAGUCAAAUACCACCGGUACUUCAUUUUCAUAUGAUUUUCUUUCAGUGUGCAACAUGCUGUAUCGUGGAUUAACUAUUUUAGCAGACUAAUAGCUACCGGAUGAAGUAGCUAAGAAUCUGCAGGACCAGCAAAACCUCCUCUGGGGCUUGUUUUCCAUCCUGUGCCCAGAAAUGAGAAUCGGUGCCUCCAAAGGGAGGGGAGGGCUCUUGAGGGCGCCUAGCCAAGAAGGCUCUGCUCUACCUCCACAACUGAAACCACGGCAGACUCCCUUGCUCUCUCCUUCCUUGGAGGCUUCUAAGCCGAGGUUGGAGGGCCAUCUGUCAGGGAUGCUUUAGCUGAGAUUCCUGUCUUGUGGGGGUUGGACUGGAUGACCCCCCUGGGGUUCCUUGCAACUCUAGAAUUCUAUGAGUCUAUGAUUCUAUGACUAGAUGGGCCAGUGGCCUAAUGUAGAAAGCUAUUCUUUUCUUUUUUUAACACAAACAUACAUAUUCAUACAACAGAACAUAAAAAUAGUAAAGAACAGAAAAAAGAAAAGAGAGGGCAGGAAAUGAAUUAAAAAAAGCAAAACAAGCAAUACCAGUACAAAAACUUAUGUAGAACAUAUAAUAAACAAUGUAUAUUUCAGUUCUUCUUUCCUUCCAGCUGACUUUCUUCAUCCUUAAAACAGUUCUAUUUUCAUUCCAUCUUAUUUCAUUCCAUCUUAUUUCGCUUUUACUCAUUUUUCUUUCCAUUUUCAGUUUUUACACCAUAGUUUAAUUGUAGAAAUUAAACUUGCUUUGUACAUCCAUUUAUGGUUAAAUAUGUCACAACCUCCGAUCUUCCCAUUGCAUUCCCGGAUUAAGUUCCUUAAAUAGGCACUUAAACUUUUCUUUCUCCAUAUUAUUUGACUUACUAUAAAUUUUAUUUUAUACAAUUAUCCUAUUUACGCACCAAAGCUCAAUCAAAACCUGCCAACGGAUUGAUCUUUUGACAAUGUUCUUUUACAUAAACUCUGCAUCUAUACAGUGGGACAUAGAUGUUCUUCUGCUUUCUGCCCUCCCCUUUCCUUGCAGAUCUUUGUUCUUCUGGCUGCCAUGUGCUCAGUGCUGGCCAUUGGCAACAGCAUCUGGGAGUACAAGAGAGGCUCUGCCUUCCAGGUUUACCUGCCCUGGCCGCACGACGUCCACUCAGCCUUCUAUUCCGCCUUCCUCAUGUUCUGGUCCUACGUCAUCAUCCUUAACACGGUGGUGCCCAUCUCCCUCUACGUCAGGUAAGUGGGGGGGGGAGGCACGUGCCCUGCGCCAGCCCCCAAAUGGCCCAUUUUGCACCGGUGUGUGUGUGUGUCUUUGUCACGGUCCGGUCUAUGGGCGAUCAAAGUCCCAGCUGAGGACAUCGGGACCGGGGGCAAGAUGGUGGGGUGGGAGCAGGAACGAGAGUUCAGAAGCCAGGGGUCUGAAGGUCAGGAAGCAGGGAAUCACGAAGUCAAGGGUCCGAGGGUUGAGAAGUAAGGAGUCAAGGAGCCGAGGUCCGAGGAUCAGGAAGCAAGAAGCUAAACGCAGCAAGGCAGCGAACGCGUUGCUGUGGCCAAGAGCUGAAGGGAAAUGCUGACCUUAUAUCCCUUCCUAGCUCUUGCCACCAGGUGCAGCGAGUUACCAAGCGGCCUCACCUGUGCAGCCGCGCCUUGCCUCCCCAGAACAAACUUAGGAAGGCCCCAGUCCUGUGAAGCCCUACUGGUCACAGGGCCUGGCUCCUGCAUGCACUCCUGACAGUCUUCCCUAUUAUCCUUCAGUCGUUUGGCAUUCCAACCCCAAACGUGGAGGGCUCACGAGUCACAAGCCGUCGUGUCCUCAUGCACCUCUACCCUCACAGGGUCUGGCCUGGCAGGGGCAGAUGUGGCAAUGGGGACUCCAUGUGCAGCCAGGCUCAGGAGCCCUGGGAAAAGUAUGCAAAACGAGAUUGUCAAGAUCAUAAUGUCAUUACAGUGGUACCUCUGGUUACAAACUGAAUCUGUUCCGGAGGUCCGUUCAUAUCCGGAAACCGUUCUUAUCCUGAGGCGUGCUUUCGCGAAUGGCGCCUCCCGCUGCAUGCACACCUCUGGUGCGCGAUUUCCGCUCGCAUCCUGGGGCAAAGUUCGCAACCAGGAGACCUACUUCCAGGUUAGCGGAGCUUGUAACGUGAAGAGGUACCACUGUAUGCAAAUCAAUGCUGUGAAUGCACUUGGGAUUAUAUCUGAAGUUACUUCUACCCAGACUAAAGCCAUUGUGAUGACUCGCUCAGCUCCAUUAAUCUCAAUAGGUCUACUCUGAGUAGGUGGAACAUUGGCUACAACCCACUGUCUACAGUUCUGGUCGCCUCGCCUGAAAAAGGAUAUUAAAAAGUUCAGAAAAUGGCAACCCAAAGAUCAAGAGGUUGUCGCGACUCCUCUAUGGGGAAGCCAGCGGUGAAGCAAGCCGAUCAGGUGCCUGGGGUGGCAUGCGUGCCCUGUGCCCAGGGGUGGGGCCAGCCGGGGCAGGACGCUCUGUGGGGCCUCCAAGGAGUCUGCCUCCUCCCACUCGGCCACCCUACAGCUGGGGGAGAGACGUGUGGCUCGGGUGCACUGCAGGCCCCACAGUGAGUGCUGCCCAGCAUUUUGUCACCCCCCCUCAGUGGUGAUACCCGGGGCGGACUGCCCCCACCUCCCCCCCUUCCUCUGCCGCUGGAGGAAGUUGCUGCAUUUGGGAUUUUGUAGUUUAAGGAAGAGGCCAGUCCAAGUGUGAGCCAAAAGGAGUGGGAGAUGUCCCAGCAUGCACUGCUCCUCCAGCCCUACUUUCGCUUUCUGGGCACCAAUAAAGGCACCAAGAGGGCCAGCCCCUCCUUCUGGCGUGUUUCCUCCUCUUGCCCAACCAGGGCGGGCAGUGUGCUCUGGCAGCCCAUCCCUUGCGGGGGGGGGAGGAGGAACCACCCCAUUGGCAAGGCUGGUGAGCUUUUUGAAGGAGCUCUGUGACUCUCUCCUGUGAUUCCGCAAUGAUGGCACGAAGCCCAGGCUCUGACUCAGCCGCUUCCUUCUUCACAGCGGACGUGGCAUCGCGCUUACAGUGGUACCUUGGUUCUCAGAGUUAAUCCGUCCCGGAAGUCCGUUCCAAAACCAAAGCAUUCCAAAACCAAGGUGCGAUUUCCCAUAGAAAGUAAUGCAAAAUGGAUGAAUCCAUUCCAGACCUUUAAAAACAACCCCUAAAACUAACCCACACAGGAUUACAAUUUGUUUCAACCCGCUUGUGGAGACUCUCAGAGGUCACAAAGAGAAAGGAAAAAUAUAUGAAAAUAACAAGAAGAGAUGUGGAAAAUAACAAGAAAGGAUUGGAUAGAAUUGUGAACACUAUUUGGACAGAUUUGUGGACAUUAAAGCAGCAGCAACAACAAGAUGACUGGAUCCCUUUCGGAACUUGAAAUAUGGGUACCCCCAACAAAAAAAUUAAAAUUCGACUUUGUAAUUUGGAAUUUAUGUGAUUUGAUUUGAUUUGAUUGGUCUGUUAAUAAAAAUUAUUUAAAAAAACCAACAAACCCUAAAACAGCAAUUUAACAUGAAUUUUACUAUCUAACGAGACCAUUGAUCCAUAAAAUUAAAGCAAUAAACCAUGUACUGCAGUCAUACAAUCCAUCAAUCAGUAACCGAACUGGGUUCCACACAGUCACAGAAACAAAACAAAAAAGCCGCAGAAACAAAAAUGCAAAAUAAACAGCAAAAAGAGACAGACCUCAGCGUAACACUCAAAUCGGAAGUGUAACACUCAAAACAGAGCACGUUCGGCUUCUGAAUAAGGUUCGCAAACCAGAACACUUACUUCCGGGUUUGCAGUGUUUGGGUUCCAGGUUGUUUGAGUACCAAGGCGUUUGAGAACCAAGGGACCACUGUACUCCAUGGGCUCCAGGGAGGAUGCUUGUGACUUCUGUGUCAGGGAAGGUCGGGGGGGUGAGGGAGAUGGGGCCGAGGUCCCUGGCCAGCCACCUAGGAAUGCCUUUUCCUUGAGGGAGCAGCCGGUUCUGGCUUCCCAGCAUGUGCUUGGGCUGCAGUUUAUGGACUACAUUUCUGUCCCACCUUCUUUCCUCCAAGUUGCUCAAGGGCAUGUGCAGAGUUCUCUCUCCUCUCUUUGGUCCUCGCAUUAACCCUGUGAGGUAGGCUGAGAGACAACGACUGGCCGAAGGUUGUCCAGGAAGCCGCAUGCUCAAGUGGUGCCUGGAAAGCUGGCCUCCCAAAUCCUAGCAUGGCGUUCUAACCACUACGCCACGCUGCCUCUGCACACAGGUCACCCGCCGAUCCCCCCCCCCGGAAGCAGCUUCUGCGAUGGCCUCUUGCAGCUUGCAAAGGGACCCCAAGCGCCAGGAAGCUUUUCCUGCCCAGGGCUCCAGCCCAUUCCUUGGUCUCCCCUCCUUCCUCUCGUUCAGCGUAGAGAUCAUCCGUUUGGGCAACAGCUUCUACAUCGAGUGGGACCGCAAGAUGUACUACCCCCUUAAUGACACCCCUGCCCAGGCCCGGACCACCACCCUCAACGAGGAGCUGGGGCAGAUCAAGUACAUCUUCUCCGACAAGACGGGGACCCUCACCCAGAACAUCAUGGUCUUCAACAAGUGCUGCAUCAACGGAAAGAUCUACGGUAGGGGCUGCUCUCCUGGGGCCGCUGCAUCCCUUUAUCGUUUUGGAAUAAUUUUUAUUUGAUCUUACAAGUGUAAGAUUAUAACAAUAUAAAAUACAUAUCCAUAUUUAGGGAGUUCUCCCAAUCUCUGCACCUUCCCCUCCAUGGCUCCAGUUGUCAACUUUUUCGAUUGCAUAUUGUUCCAGAAUCCAUAUUUUAUGUCACUCCAUUUUGUCCAUAGUAUCUGUGUUACUGCAAUCCUGCUAAUGUUUUCACCUGCUUACAGCUGUCUCCCAGAUAUAUUGUAAAUUUCCCCCCAUCCUUUAUUAAAGCUUUGGUCUUCUUGAUUCCUGAGCUUUCUAGGCAGUUUUGCCAUUUCGGCAUAGUCUAAUAGCUUAGUUUGCCAUUCUUCUCUGCUAGGGACUUUGUCUUCUUUCCAUCUCUGGGCUAAUAACAUCCCUGCGGCUGUCGUCGCAUACAUUAAAAGUCUUUUCUGCUCCUUUGGAAUAUGGACCCUUUGCCGGCCUGCUGUCCCCCCCCCCCCGAGAUUUUGUUCAUCCAUUAGUCCCAGUCAGCAUGGGUGGCUUAGGGGAAGGAAAGAUGGUUCGGAUACUUCAGCUGGUGUAGAAUUCAGUGGCCAGGUUGCUCACUGGAGCAAAAUAGUUUGAGCAUAUUAUACUAAUCCAUGUCCAACUGUGCUGGCUACCGAUUAGUUUCUGGGCCCAGUUCAAAGUGCUGGUUUUGUCCUAUAAAGCCUUAAGCAGCUCAGGACUGCAAUACCUCAAGGACCGCCUCUUCCCAUAUGAACCUACCUGGACCCUGAGAUCAUCUUCUGUGUGCCUCCUUCGUGUGCCUCCUCCUUGAGAAGUCCAGAGGGUGGUAACACGAGAACGGGGCCUUCUCUGCAGUGGCUCCCCAUCUGUGGAAUGCUCUCCCUAGGGAAGUUUGACUGGCGCCUUCAUUAUACACCUUUAGGCGCCAGACAAAAAUGUUCCUUUUUAACCAGGCCUUUGUUGAUCUGUUUGACAUCUUAUACCCUUUUAAAUGGGUACACGGGUGGCGCUGUGGGUUAAACCACAAAGCCUAGGACUUGCCGAUCGGGAGGUCAGCGGUUCGAAUCCCUGCAAUGGGGUGAGCUCCCGUUGCUCCGUCCCUGCUCCUGCCAACCUAGCAGUUCAAAAGCAUGUCAAAGUGCAAGUAGAUAAAUAGGUACCACUGAGGCGGGAAGGUAAAUGGCGUUUCUGUGCGCUGCUCUGGUUCGCCAGAAGUGGCUUAGUCAUGCUGGCCACAUGACCCGGAAGCUGUACGCUGGCUCCCUCGGCCAAUAAAGCGAGAUGAGCGCCGCAACCCCAGAGUCGGCCACAACUGGACCUAAUGGUCAGGGGUCCCUUUACCUUUUUUACCCUUUUAAAAUGUGGCUCUUUUCGGUGUGGGUGUGUGUUAUUGGGUUGUUGUUUUUAUUCUGAUUAUUUAUGUUGUGAUCUUUUCUGUGAACUGCCCUGAGACCUCCGGGUAUAGGGCGGUAUAUAAAUUCAAUAAAUAAAUAAAUUCAAUAAAUAAAUAAAGUGCCAAUACAGGAACCAUUCAGAACUUCUGGAGCCCCACACCUGCACCUGUUUUUCAAUGCCGGCCUGGUGUCUCGCCUGCUUCCCGAUGGACAGUUGUAGAUCCUUGGCCAGGGUCCCAAAGGUGCCCAGGUGCCCCUGUCGUCCCGCUGGCACAAACUGGCCCAGGCCCGGAAUUCACAGCCAGGUGUGCGUUUGUUGUCAUCUCAGCUGGGCUCUGUGCUUCUCGCCCACAGGGGAUGUCUUUGACUUGGACGGACAACGAGUGGAGAUUACGGAGGUAAGGGGCUGCGAGGGGUCACAGGGUGGCAGGCAGGGCCACUGGGCAUUGUUGUGGUUCCAGCCCUGCCCGGCACUUGCCAGGACGUGUCCCAGUGUGGCGGCUGAAGUGGACAAAAGGAAUUUCGACUCCCCCCCCUUGUGCCUUGAGCUUCCCUCCUGGACAUUUCCUUCUUCCUCUCCUCUCUCGGGGGACGUUCUGGACCUUCUGGGGCAAGGCUGCCAUUGCCCUGGAGUUUGGCAGGCUGGUCCCCAGAGCAGCCAGCUGCCUGGGAAGGACGAGGAGCCUCUGCGUGGUCUUUUGUGGUCUUUCUCCAGCCAGAAGGAAGGAAGGCAGAUGAGCCCAGAGAAGUUCUCAUGGUGGCAACCUUUCUCUCACCCCCCUCUUUCAGAGUACCCCAAAAGUUGACUUCUCCUACAACCCCCUCGCUGACCCCAAAUUCUCCUUCUACGACCAAAGCCUGGUGGAGGAAGUGAAGGCGGGAGAUGUCAUCACUCACAAGUUUUUCCGCCUCCUUUCUCUCUGCCACACGGUGAUGCCAGAAGAGAAGAAGCCAGGUGAGGGGGAGGGGUGGAGCUGUGCCUCCUGCCUUGCAGGGGGUUGGACUAGAUGACCCUCAGGGUCCCAUUCUGCAAAUUUGUCUAACCCUCUUCUAAAGCCAUCCAAAUUGGUGGCCAUCCCUGCCUGCAGUAGGAGGGAGUUCCACGGGUUAGCUAUGAGCUCACUCACACUUCUGCUCGUCCUGCACCUUCUAAGCAUGGGUUUUGCCUUUGCCCUGGAGAACCUGCUCUUUAGUGCUAAAUUGGAACAAAUGGCAGCCUGCUGAUGGCUGUUUGUUCCGAUUCAGCACCAAAGAUGAGGCUUCCCCCGAGGAAAGCAGGGAGGCAAACGGAGGUGUGGAUCAGCCCUGGGUGCUGCAUGAAGAAGAUCUUCCUUUUAUCUGUCCUGAGUCUUCCCAACAUUCAGCAUCGCUGGCUGCCCAUGAAUUCCAGUGUAAUGAGCAGUGCCAGACUGACGUAUAAGCCAAACAAGCUGUAGCUUAGGGCCCCACUCUCUUGGGGGCCCAAAAAAUGUAAAGGAAAAAAACUGGAUGUACAUUUCCAAAAUAUAAGGGGGGAAAACCAAAUAAAAUAAAACCUACAUAGAGCAACCAUGUUUUGUGUUGUGUAGGCUCCUAUGAUGUAAGUCAUGGGCCUCGCCUGCUAGCCUGCUCCCUAAAAUAUCACUGGUUUGCUCCUUUCUAUAUAUAGGGUGCCGACAUUCUGCAUGGACUGGUUGCAGGGCUGUGCAAAGGGCUGAAUUAUGAGUCUUUGUAAAUUGUGUUUCUAAAGGAACUUUUGUUAUUGCCAAAUGCCAAUGUGUUUGCAUUAUUAGGUUUUUUAUGAAUAAAAAUCAUUUUAAGUUAGAGCUUAAUAAUGAUUUCACUAUUAAUAUACUUCUUCUUAAUUGUAUUUCAGUUCAACAAUUACUUUGAUAAAAUACAUAUUUUGUUAUGUGCAAAUGACUUGAGAUACCUAUUAGGUUCAUAAAUUACCAUAUAGCAUAUAUUCAACACAAAAAAACAGUGACAAUUUGUUGCUGACAAAGGACAGCUGGACAUAUAAAGGGCCCCAUUCCCUUCAGGAGCUGAGGGCCUCAUCCAACCUCAAUCCGGCCCUGGUUAUGAAAGAGGCAGAAAACCUCUCCCUGCUCCCCUUUGUCCAGGCCAGGCAUCAUUUUAGGAACUUUAAGGGAGUCUCUUCUUGGCCGCCUGUUCCCUCAAGACUCCCGAAUCGGUUGCUGCGCUUGGGACUUUUCCGCCUCCCCCUUGCAAGUGACGCUGCCUCUCCCCCCCCCCGCCCUCCCUGGCAGGUGAGCUGGUCUACCAGGCGCAGUCUCCGGACGAGGGGGCCCUGGUGACGGCUGCCCGGAACUUUGGCUUCGUCUUCCGCGCCCGGACCCCAGAGACCAUCACCGUGGUGGAAAUGGGGAAGACGAUCGUCUACAAGCUGCUUGCCAUCCUGGAUUUCAACAAUGUGCGCAAGCGGAUGUCUGUCAUUGGUGUGUGCCCCCUUCCUCCCCUCCCCCAAACCCCGGGCCUCGCCUGUGAUUGGUUCUCAGGGAAAUACUCUGCACAUACCCGGGUCUCCUCUUUGUGUCCUGGUGGAGUGGCUCUUGCUGAGUUGUUUCCACCAGUGUCAACCAGCUGGGAGUUUGAAUUGGUGCAAAGCGAUUUCCACUACCUGCUCGCUAUAGAAAAGGAACUUCUAGGGGGCUGGACUCUUGCAAGAGCUCCAGUUCUGACACCCUUUGAGGGACUGCGUGAGAAAACCCCAGAAGAGAGACAAAUGCCAUGCCCUACAGUUAGGAAGCUUCUGCCCAUUGGCACAUCUCACUCAGUGUGGUCUGCAGUGACAACGGGCAGCAGUCGUCCAGGACCUCAGGCAGGGCUCCUCCCCUUCUGCAUGCCAAGCAGAUGUUCUGCUGUUGAGCCGCUCUGGCCCUUCCAUCCAGGAAGACUAGAUCUUUGAAGGAAGGGGGAUGAAAUAUACUCAGAGUCGAGACUGGAUUUCAUGCUCUUUAUUCAGCUCACAGUGGUGAGGAGGAAUGGAAGUUCCCCCAGAAUGUCUGCUUUAUGUACAUUAUUUACACAAUGGGCCCCACGUGAUUGGCUAAUUCCGGGAUUCUCCUGUAGGCCAAUCCGGUUGUGGAUUCACUUCCACCUGGAGCUGGUUUGGGUGGCUCCUGUGGACCAAUCAGACUGCUGCAUUCUGAAUCCUAUUGUUCUAGGACCAAUCAGACUGCUGCAUUCUGAAUCCUAUUGUUCUAGGACCAAUCAGACUGCUGCAUUUUGGAUCCUAUUCAACUCAAUACAUGUUGUUGUUGUUUAGUCGUGUCCGACUCUUUGUGACCCCCUGGACCAGAGCACGCCAGGCACUCCUGUCUUCCACUGUCUCCCGCAGUUUGGUCAGACUCAUGUUUGUAGCUUCAAGAACACUGUCCAACCAGUUGACAAAGACAACUCAAUACAUAAUAGGGGACAAACCCUCCCCCCAGCCAUCUCUGACUCUCUGCCCGCGUGUCGUGUGUCUGUCCAGGGUGGGGAGCGAUUCUGGGCACCCUCUCAUUUUCUGCCCUUCUUCCCUUCUUCCCAGUGCGUCGCCCCGACGGCAAGGUGACCCUGUACUGCAAGGGGGCGGACACGAUCCUGUACGAACUCCUGCACCCUUCCUGUGUACCUCUUAAGGAGGAGACUACCGAGUACUUGGAAGUAAGCUGGCAGCAGAGUUUGCACGCAGAGCCUCCCCAGAGCGAUGCCCUUGCGGCUUCAUCUCCACCCCAGCCCACCCCCUGGGGGCUUCGUGAGACCCACAAAGAGGGUGCUUUAAGAAGGGGAGUCUCUGUGGAGCUCCUUUCCCCUGACCCCUCCUGGGCUCAGUUGCGUCCCUGAAGGACCAGGUGCACAGCCUGGGAGUCAUUUUGAACUCACAGCUGUCCAUGGAGGUCAAUUCUGUGUCCAGGGUGGCUGUCUGCCAGCUCCAUCUGGUAUGCAGGACGUGACCCUCCCUGCCCGCAGACUGUCUCGCCAGAGUGGUGCAUGCUCUGGUUAUCUCCCGCUUGGACUACUGCCAUGCGCUCUACGUGGGGCUACCUUUGAAGGUGACCUGGAAACUACAACUAAUCCAGAAUGUGGCAGCUAGACUGGGGACUGGGAGCGGCCGCCAAGACCACAUAACACCGGUCCUGAGAAAUCUGCAUUGGCUCCCAGUACGUUUCCAAGCACAAGUCAAAGUGUUGGUGCUGACCUUGAAACUGCCUCUGUCCAGUAUACCUGAAGGAGCGUCUCCACCCCCAUCGUUCACCCAGACACUGAGGUCCAGCUCCGAGGGCCUUCUGGUGGUUCCCUCAUUGCGAGAAGCAAAGCUACAGGGAACCAGGCAGAGAGCCUUCUCGGUGGUGGUGCCUGCCCUAUGGAACGCCCUCCCACCAGAUGUCAAAGAGAAAAAUAACUACCAAACUUUUAGAAGACAUCUGAAGGCAGCCCUCUUUAGGGAAACUUUUAAUGUUUGAUAGGUUGUUGUAUUUUAGUGUUCUGUUGGAAGCCGCCCAGAGUGGCUGGGGAAACCCAGCCAGAUAGGCGGGUAUAAAUAAUAAACUAUUAUUAUUAUUAUUAUUAUAGGAGUUUGCAGGGGAAGGUCUCCGGACGCUGGUCGUGGCCUACAAGGACCUGGAGAGGAAGUCCUUUGCCGACUGGCAGAAGCGUCACCAUGAAGCCAGCACAGCCCUGCAGGACCGAGAGGAGAAGCUGUCUGAGCUGUACGAAGAAAUCGAGAAAGACCUGAUAGUAGGUGGGGGUGCCAGGAGGGAAGCCGGGCGCUCAAGGCUCAGACACCGAACAGGAGCAAAUAGGGAUUGGUCAGCCAGGGUGAGGGUUAGCUGAGAUUGCUGCCUUGCAGGGGGUUGGACUAGAUGACCCCUGAGGUCCCUUCCAGCGCUACAGUUCUGUGAUUCUAUCAGCCUUGCAACUUGAGCGGCUUGGAAUGCCCUUGUUACUUGUUUAUUUUAAUUUGUCCGAGUAUUUCUAAACAGUCAACCCAUUCAAAAAAAGAAUCAUGGCAAUGAAGCAUAACAUAACAAGCAGGCUUGCUUUCUCCUGCUCCAGAGGGAAGGACCCAAAGCAGUGGGUUCGAGUUACAGGACAGGAGAGCCCCCUGCCUUUGGUGCCUUCCUGGCUUUGCCUUUCAGAUGCUGCCUGAUUCUUGCUGCCCCAGUGGAGAGACGUCCUCCUUCCCCCUUUCAGUGGGCGCCUCUCUUUUCCUUUUCUGAUUUUCCACUCAUUAAAAAGCUCUUUGUUGAGCCCUGGGGCUGGACUCGCAAUGAUGCGUGGCUCCUUCCUGCUCCUGCGUUUUAAGAGUCUAUGUGCGAGCGCAUUUUGCAAGCCCCUUCCUGAGCCGCCUUCAUCUGGGACGCUUCCCUGGAGCCCCACAGGCCGGCGGAAUGGGGCCAGCCAGGGCUCCGCUGGGCCAGAUUGUCUUCUGGGAGGUCAUAAGAACAUAAACGGAGCCCCCUGGAUCAGGCCAAUGGCUCAUCCAGUUCGGCAUCCUCUUCUCAUCGUGGCUGAGCAGUUGCCUGUGGAAACCUACUGUUAUAAGAAGAAACUGCUCCUUUAUCCCUUAUGGGGUAUCCAAGAGCCCGUAUAGAGUCCUAAAAUAGGUUCCCUAUUGGUAGAAGGAAAAUAACAGAUGCAAACCAGAGAAUAUUGAGAAGCAAAGCAGCUCGUAAGCCUGAUCCUUAUUAAACUGUUGCAACAGGGUGCUCUCCCCACUCCCACGCAGUUCUUAUAUAGACUUUUGAAAUUGCCUCCCCUGUAGCUCAAGACCACCCCUCAAAACAUCAUUCAUACAUCACAGAAGGAGGCUGUCCCCGGCAGAAAUUUGAGAGUGUCGCUUCUCUCCUGUCUGCCAGGAUACCUGAUAAGGCCUUAUCAAUUGCCUUUUCUGGUAGCCUGGCCAUUCCUUGGAGAUGGUAAAUACUAUCCAUACACAAAUAUGCCCUUAAGACAGGAUCUGUAAGCGAAAACACAACGGGAAGCCUUUCCCCAUUUUCCUCCCUUACUGCAGAGAAAUAGUUGAGGUCGCUGGGAGAGUCAAAAUGCUUCAGGAUUGUUCUUCUUUACUGUUUCAGACACGUGGUUUAUAUACUUAUGUAUGUGUUUGCCUUGUACAUUUAUGAACAUUUAUUUUAUAUAUAUAUAGGACCUUAGAAUUCCUAUAACACUACAAACUGGAUCUGAGCCACAGUUUAACCCUGCACUGCGUGAUGAAGGAUUUUUAUUCCAUCCAUCCUGAAUCUUUCAACCUAGGGGCUCGCCUGUCCUUCCAUGUCCCAUGCUUAGAAGGCAGGAGUCUGAGUGGUUUUUUGUUUGCCUCGCCACUUUCCCCAGAAAACCCGCUCUCUAGUGUUGAAUCAGAACAAACAUCAAUCCACAGAAAACGCAGCAGUCAUUUGCUCCAAUUCAACUCGCUAUAGGGCGGGUUUUCCUGGAGGGAAGCAGCAGGAUAAGUGAAAGUCUGGGUGGGCCCCGAACUUCACUGGGUGUCCGUUGGUCACCCCUUUCAGAGCACCCCUUUGUGACCCCCCCUCUUUCUGCAGUUACUUGGUGCCACGGCCAUCGAGGACAAGCUGCAAGACGGUGUCCCACAGACAAUUGAGACCUUGGGGAAAGCGCAGAUUAAAAUCUGGGUGCUCACUGGAGACAAGCAAGGUACUGCCAGAGGGGGAGAUGAUACACUGCUUUCAGCCCCCCCAAAGAACAGCUGUCAAUUGAUUCUGCCCCCUUCUGAGGUGCAUCCCAGAAUCCUUUGUAACAUCACAGGGCGGAAAGAGGACCGCAGCACCUUCUCAAUUCAUGGGGGUGACUUUGGGCCUCCUCUGCUCCCUGCGCAGUGGGGCAGAACUCCCUUGAUCUGCCCCCGGGUGAGAAACGCCUGGUGGGUGAAUCUCAAAAUGGGUGAGGCUGGCCUCCUUGCUCCCACCAGCCGUAAGUCAUCCUGGAGUUGUCUCAGCAAAUGGGAGGAGCUGGGAAAGAGAGGUGGGCUUGGAGGGGCCAAAUCCGAGGAAUGCGCCAAGGAAACCGCGCUGAGAAAAUCAGGAUCAUAAGAGGUCUGAGAGAAGCAGAGUAACGAGAGAGGAGAGCAAAGACAACAGGAGCAAAAGAGAAAGAGACAAAGAGCACUGAAAAGUUAAAGCCCUUUAAAGCGAGCGCAGGGGGGAUAGACGUGGUUUGAAGCACAGGCAAGAAAAAUGAGAUGAACCGCAAAGAAUCCAUUUGAAGCAUUGCCAACACACAUUUAACGCCCAUCAGCUCCCCCAGAGAAUCCUGGGAAAUGUAGUUCUCCCCUCCCAGAGCCACAGUUCACAGCACCCUUGCAAACUACAGGUCCCAGGCUUUUUUGAGGAAAGCUGUGAACUUCAAAUGUGUGUUUGAAGCAUCUCCGGUGUUUGGGUGGGUUUUCCAAAAGAAGUCCAGCAAGGCCGUCUCCAAGCUGAGGUGAGAAGGAGAGUGAGCAAGAAGCUUCAGGAAUCCCUGGGCCAAUGUGGGGGUGCAGGAGGGGCUCUUGCCUUCCGCCUGGCCAUCCGGGAUGGAGGGGGCCCUCAGGUCAGCUGACCCAGCCUGAAGGGGCCAUCUCAGGCAGUGGUGCUGCCACGAAAGGGGAGAAUGAGAGAGGGAGAGUCUGUCCCCCAAGGGCCAGGGAUGGAUCCCUCCUGGCCCUAAAGCUGGUCACAUGCCGGAGUGCAUCUCCUCCUUCCUUGGAGCUGCUGAAGCAGAAGUUGAGUGGGCCCCUGCCAGAGAUUUCUGCCUUGCAGGGGCCUGGACUAGAGGACCCCCUUCCCACUCUGCCAUUCUGUGAUCCUUCUCCAGAGACGGCCGUGAACAUCGGCUACUCCUGCAACAUGCUCUACGACGACAUGAAGGACAUCUUCUUCAUCCAGGGGGACACCUUUGAGGAAGUGCGUCAUGAACUCAGGUAAAGGGCUUCUCCGCCCUGUGGGAAUGUUCAGGGAGGCAGGAGAGGAUAUAUUCUUUAUUAAUAUCCUUCCUAACUUGCGUUAGCAAGUUCCUUUACUUGGCAGAGUUUCACAUUCCCCAUUUAAACGCACAGUGGGUAGCUGGUUGCAGCUUGUUUAAGCCUCUUAAUAUUAGAUUCCUGGUAAGUCCCCUUAUAUCCCUCUUAAAAGAAUAAGCACGCCACCAUCUUGUGUAAAAUAUAUAUAAGAAGUUUAUUCACAUUCAGUUCACAGUUGGAUCCCUGCAGGCAGACUUAGUUACAAAGUAUAUACAUGUGGAUCUAUCCCGUAUGGGGAUAGCUAGCUAAAAAGCUGCUCCAACAACGGAGGAAGUCAAAGAGAGAGAGAGCUGCGUGCCUUGUCCGUUUGUUACCUGGACAGGUACGGUCACGCCCACCUCUAGUCACAUGCAAAGGAAGUAUGUCCCAUUAGGGAGGAAAAAGGAAGUUUUCUGCUGACAGGACCAAACAUCCCCCUGCAUGUCCUCUCUAAGAAAACAAGGAAUGUUGUACUUGACUGCUACUUAUGUAUCACAUCUCACAUGCCCUCCAGAUCCAAGGCUGUGCCAAGGCUGCCGGGGGCUACUAGGCAAGAGGGCCCCUCUCUCCCCCCAGCAUGCCCUGACUGCCAGCUGCUGGCAGCCGCAGGUGGGCAGAGCGCUGCUAAGCUCAGGCCCUGCUCCCAGGGAGGAGCAGAGAUGGUCUGCUUGUCUACUAGUUAGGGGGUGGGAGUCUGGCUUUGCUUCUUGUUUGCAUAUUGCUAACGUUUUUGUUAUUAUUCCCUUAUUUCAUUUAUUAAAUUUAUUGCUGUUUUGGGGAAACUCCCCUCUGGCUUCCGCAGUGCUUGUUAUUGUGGGUCUCCUCUUAGGAAAGCGAGGAAGACGAUGACGCAGGAGGCCGUCAUGGAUGACGAUGAGAUGGACCUCCAAGUCAAGAAGUCUGGCAACUGCAAGGUCUUGCCAGAGGAACAGCCCAACGGGGAAUACGGCCUGGUCAUUAAUGGGCACAGCCUGGUAAGGAGGUGGCAAGGCGCUGUUGCAGGAAUCUAUGUAAGGGUUGAAAGGAGGGUUGGCCCCUCCAGCGGACAUCGUACACCCCCCCACUACCAAAAUCAACACAAUCACUUCUGCAAAUGGCCCCACAAAUCACAGUUUUUCCUGUACAUUACCAAAUGCAGCAAAUCACUGAUAAAUGUAUCUAUGUACUGGCUCACUGGGGAAACUUCAGAAAUUCAUAUAAAAUCACUCCAGUAUCCGAUUCACGCCAUUCCAACGUUGUUCUGUUCAGGAAGGAAAUGGCUACCAAGGGGGUAGCUUGGGACAUGAGGGAGGGCAGCCACCCCUCUGCCUGAGUGAUAAUCUCUGGCAUCCUGACACCUGGGUCAGCGGCGGAGGAAGCUGCUUGGGCGCCUGGGGUGGCGUACCCAGGGGCAGGGCACACUGUGGGGCCUCUAGAGUCUGCCUGCCUCCUCCUACUCAGUCGCCCUACAGCUGGCAGGGAGCGAGUGGGCGGACCAUUGGGGCAGCGCAGAGCCUGCGGGUGCCCAAGCCACUGCGUCUCUCCCAGGAAAGAUGCGUGAUUCGGGCACGCUGCAGGCCCUGUGGUGAGUGCCACCUGGAAUUUUAUCACCCCCCUCAGUGUGACACCCGGGGCAGACCGCACCCCCCCUCCUUCCUCUGCCCCUGACCUGGGUGCCAGACAGGUAGCCAUUCCAGAAACAAUUACAAACCGAGGUGACGACAAAAGGGUGUGAUGAACUUGGCUGGGAAACAGAGAAAUGUAAAUAUCUCUUUUGUAUCACUUGAUGGGUGUAUGGUGGGGUCAAGCCCUGAUGCUCAGGUUACUGCAUCCAUACCCUCGCAGUGUGUGAUGUACUGAAGUUUACUCACAUCAGUUCACAGUGGGAUCCCUGAAGGCAGACUUAGUUACAGAUACAGUGGUACCUCGGGUUAAGAACUUAAUUCGUUCUGGAGGUCUGUUCUUAACCUGAAACUGUUCUUAACCUGAAGCAGCACUUUAGCUAAUGGGGCCUCCUGCUGCUGCCACACAAUUUCUGUUCUCAUCCUGAAGCAAAGUUCUUAACCCGAGGUACUAUUUCUGGGUUAGCGGAGUCUGUAACCUGAAGCGUCUGUAACCCAAGGUACCACUGUAUAUACACGUGGGUCUAUCCCAUAUGGGGAUAAUCCCAGUGUCCUCUGUCGGCUAAAAGACAAAAGGGCAUUUCUAGCUAAAAAGCUGCUCCAGUGAUGGAGGAAGUCAAAGAGGGAGAGUGCUGCGUGCCUUGUCCUUUUGUUACCUGGACAGGUAAGGUCACACCCACCUCUAGUCACAUGCAAAGGAAGUAUGGCCCAGCCAGGAGGAAACAGGAAGUUUUUGACUGGCUGGACCAAAUAUUCCCCUGCAUGUCUACUCUAGGAAAACGAGGAAUGUUGUACUUGACUGCUACUUAUGUAUCACAUCCCACAUUGUUCCUGUCCCCCCACCCUCCCUGUGUGUGUCUUCCCUCGCAGGCCUAUGCCCAGGAAGGGGAGCUGGAGCUGGAGCUGGUACGCACAGCCUGCCUCUGCAAGGUGGUGAUCUGCUGCCGGGUGACGCCUCUGCAGAAGGCGCAGGUGGUGGAGCUGGUGAAGAAGUACAAGAACGCCGUCACACUGGCCAUCGGGGACGGGGCCAACGACGUCAGCAUGAUCAAGGGUGAGGGCCCUGCAAGCCCAUCAGAAGGCUAGGGGGGGUACCUUUGUGAGAGGGGGGGCACCUGGGCCACUGAAGGCAGGAUCCAGCCUCAGGAGUCCCAGGGAGAAGCAGCUUCAGGACUUCAUCGGCUCAUUGCGCUGCAGAAAUCUCCACAGCAGCCCGUCAGCCUUCGGGUGCAUCCAAUGCUCUCAUUAGUUAAAUGUGCGUAAUUGGCUGUCAAGCGAGAUGCUGCAGUUUCUGAGCAGUGGGGGAAAUAAUGGGAUGGAUUAAAAGGACCCCAGGUGCAAAACAAGGGUGGGGUGGGAAGGACACCCAGCUCCCCAGCCCCAAGAGAGGGGUGCCCCACAGCAACUUCCUGGGACGAUGAGCCCCACCUGGGACUGUCGCUAGAAGCGGAAUCUGCUGGGUGGGUGGGCUCUAUUUGAAGAGGAAGGGGGAGGCCAGUGGGGUUGGGGCUGUGCUCUCUCUCUGGCCCUGAUCCCGGAGAUGUAAAAGAGGAUUAGAGAUAUCCAUGGAGAAGAGGACUAUCGAUGGCUCCUAGACAGGAGGGCAAUUCUCUGCCUUCCUGGUUGGAGGCCGCAAUGUGCCUGGAAACCCCAGGAGUUGGGGUGCUCUUGGGCCCGGAUCCUGCUUGCAGGUUUCCCAUUUGAGGAAUCUGUUUGGCCACUCUGAGAACAGGAGGCCGGACCAGAUGGGCCCCCACGGGCCUGAUCCAGGAGACUCUUCUCCGGUUCUGCAGAGGUGGAGAAGGAGGCGGAGAGCCCUCCUUUGAUGGGAAGAGAAUCUCUACUUACUCUCUCAAUCCAUGUUUAAUACGAUAAUGUCUUAUUCUCUUGCUAAUUAUGCUCUUUCAAAUGUGUGUUCUCGACCUUCCUUUGUAAGGCUUUGUUUUGAAAUCUUUACGACACAAUUUCAGUUUCCUGCUAACGACUCGUUUUGAAUGUAUAUGGUGCAGCUGAUGUUCUUCUGUAUGUUUUGUUUUGAAAUGUGCUGUUUGAUGUUUGAAUGUAGGUCGUAAAGCGCCUUGAGGUUUUUUUCUUAAAAAUUUAAAGAGGUGUAGUAAUGAAAUGAGUCAAGAGUCGACCCCCCCUCCCCCACUUUAUUUGCAAGAAAGCAGAUGGUGGGGGAAACCUGUGUAAGAGAGGUGGGCACAGGCAGGGGGCUGGCAGGGGGCACAGGCUCAUGCCAAUUAUUGCCCCCUUGGAUGCCCCUGAGUGCCAGUUGCUGGAAGCACAAGGGCAGAGGCUGCUGCUGCUGUUUGUGGCCCCCUUUCCAGGGGGAUGCCUUGUUGGCCCUGGGGGCAGCAGGGCACUGGACCCCCUCGGCCUGACGCGGCUGCUUCCGGGCUCCCUCUCUUCCAGCCGCCCACAUUGGCGUUGGCAUCAGCGGCCAGGAGGGGAUGCAGGCCGUGCUGUCCAGCGACUUCUCCUUUGCGCAGUUCCGCUACUUGCAGCGGCUGCUGCUGGUCCACGGACGCUGGUCCUACAUCCGCAUGUGCAAGUUCCUGGCCUACUUCUUCUACAAGAACUUCGCCUUCACGCUGGUCCACUUCUGGUACGGCUUCUUCUCCGGAUUCUCCGCACAGGUGAGUUCCGUCGGCACGGGGCGGCUGUUCUGGCAGGCCUCUGCUGCUCUCUGCUGACCGCCCCUUAAAAUUGCCGGGAAUUGCCAACGUUUCCUCUGACAGGAGCAAGAAAGAACUGAGAACCCUGGUACCUCUCCUGAGAGCAGAGCUACUCAGUUAAUGUGUGUGUGUGUGUGUGUGUGUGUGUGUGUGUGUGUAGAAAUUAUAUAUUGCUUGAUUGCCAUUAAAAAAAACAAAAGCACCUCCAAGCAGUUUGUGCUCAACUGCCAGGCUUUGCUGGGUCUGUGCAGACCCCAAAUACAGAGCACCCCUUGGGAUCUUCUCGAGCUGGAAAAUGCUUCGUUGGGCUCUGGGGGUGCUGGGCCCCACCUUCUCCUGCCCCUCUUUCUGGCUGCUGCCCUCCUUGCAUGUUCACACUGGCUCCUUCCAUGUCUGGCCAGCUGGUCUUUCCUCCGCCUUUUCUUCUCUCCAUCUUCUCUGAGAUUUUCACUCCCUUGUUCAUUUUUUGCACUUCACCUGUUGCCAGGGAGGGACCUUUUGCAGGAGAGGACAGUUCAGGAAGGGCGGAGGAAGCUUCCUGCCUUGGAUGAUAAUGAUGAUGAUAAUAAUAAUAAUAAUAAUAAUAAUAAUAAUAAUAAUAAUAGUAUUUAUACCCCACCGUCCCCAGCCAGAGCCGGGCUCAGGGUGGCUAACACGAAUAAAAUCACAGUAAAAACAUAAUAGGGGGGAAGGGGGGGGAACCAAUUUAAAAUACAGGUUAAAAUGCAAUUUAAAAUGCAGCCUCAUUUUAAAAGUAGCCGAUAGAUCAAGGCCAUAAGGGGAGAGAAAGGGAGGUCAGACGGAGUCCAAACCAAAGGCCAGGCGGAACAGCUCCGUGUUGCAGGCCUUGCAGAAAGAUGUCCAGUCCCGCAGGGCCCUGGUCUCUUGUGACAGAGCGUUCCACCAAGUCGGGGCCAGUACUGAAAGGGCCCUGGCCCUAGUUGAGACCAAUCUUACCACCUUGAGACCUGAGACCUCCCAAAUGUUGUCAUAUCACUGUGGAGCUGGAAGGGACAUCAAGGGUCAUCUGUCCCAACCCCCUGUCAUGCAGGGUGCUCACAACCAUUCUUUGCAGGCGCCAAGGGCUCCAGAGCACCCCUGGGACUUUGCACAGAGCUUUGUUCCCGGGGAGCAGGUGGGCGCAGGAGAGGGGCUCCUGCAGUCCUGGGGUUCAGUGACACCAGAGGGCUCCUUCCCUUUCCAAAGGUCUCCUGCCAACUUGCAGCACCUUGCUUUAGCUGUGAUCCCUUCACGGCACGGGGUCAGGCCAGACGGCCUUUGGGAUCCCUUCCAGCUCUACAGUUCUAUGAUCCUUAAUAUUGUUGUGAAUUGAGGGGCUCCACGCGCACAAUGUCCUGAGGACCUCCCUGUUUUGGGGCUCCUCUAUCUGUGGGGGUAGUGAGUCCAAGAGCAAGCUUGCCAAAGCAGUCCCCAACCAGUUUCUGUGGUUGCACGCAGCACCUCAAGACGCAACUCCAGGACUAAGGCUGAUUUGUCACUGAUUUGGUGCAUGGCGCACACUGACACCGACACCACCCCACCCAAAAAAAUUCACAACAAUAUUUUCACCUCUGUCCUGGCUGACAGAGGAGGCCAUUUCCAGACACCCCCUCCCCAAUUCACUGCUGAGCGGAGAUUUCCACCUGGUUCUCCCCACUGAAAGGGAUGCGGGUGGCGCUGUGGUCAACCACUGAGCCUCUUGGGCUUGCCGAUCAGAAGGUCGGCGGUUCGAAUCCCCAUGACGGGGUGAGCUCCCGUUGCUCGGUCCCUGCUCCUGCCAACCUAGCAGUUCGAAAGCAUGUCAAAGUGCAAGUAGAUAAAUAGGUACCACUCUGGCGGGAAGGUAAACGGCGUUUCCGUGCGCUCCUCUGGUUCGCCAGAAGCGGCUUAGUCAUGCUGGCCACAUGACCCAGAAGCUGUACGCCGGCUCCCUCGGCCAGUAAAGCGAGAUGAGCGCUGCAACCCCAGAGUUGGCCACAACUGGACCUAACGGUCAGGGGUCCCUUUACCUUUUACCUCCCCACUGAGAUACUCACCUUAGACCAUGCCCUGUGGGCUCCUUAUUUCUGCCCCUGUCUUUCGACCACAGAUUUACACCCUUGGCUUCCCAGCAGCUGCCUGGGCCUUGUUCUCCUCUCUUGCUAGCCCUCCCUUGGGACACCCACCCACUUGCACCUGAAGCCACCUGGCGCACCCUUGGGCCCAAGGGCCCUGGGACUGCGCCUCUGCUGCUGCUCUUCGUGGGGCUUUUCUCAUUUCCUCCCUCUCUUGGUCCCUGCAGACGGUGUAUGACGAAUGGUUCAUCACUCUUUACAACAUGGUGUACACCUCCUUACCUGUCCUGGGAAUGAGCCUCUUUGACCAGGUACGGCUCCCUGAUUUGUUUGCUGCCCUCUUCGUUCGGUCAGGAGUUUGCCCCACAACUGGGAGCAGAGGGCUCUGUUUCUGGCCCCAGCCCUGCCAACGGGGUGACUGCCUGGGGUCUGGCUGCCCUGGGGUCUGGCUGCCCCUCCAACACACAGCCUCUCACCCUGUGUUUAGCACACACACACAGCUCAGGUAGACAGGCAUGCGCAGGUGGGCACCGGCAUGCUCAGCCCAGGAGUGUGCGCUGGGUUCCUCCCUGUCACUGGGCUGGGCUGGGAGGGGAGGAAAGCAUUUUCCAAAUGGGGAGUAUCCAGGGUUGGAAGCCUAGAGGUCCAGGCUAAGACCAGUGGGUGGAAGCAAUUUUCGCUGAGGCUUCUUGGUGAAGGAUGACAGGGGAAGGACCCCUUAGUGCGGGGCAGGGAAGGGAAGAUCAUCUGAGGUGGGACAAUGGGGGAAGCAAGAGAUGCUCUCAGGCGAGAGUCAAGAUGGUCCUCCCAUUUCUGUGUGAUACAAGGCUUAAGAUCCACCUUGAAUUCUUCUUCUUGCUCUUUCUGGGGUUUUGGGGAUUACAGUCAUACCUCUACCUACGUAUCCCUCUGGAUACAGAAUCUUCAGGUUACGGCCACAGCAAACCCGGAAGUGUAUUCUUCUGGUUUUGCUGUGUAUGCAUGCACAGAAGCGCUAAAUCGCGCCGUAUGCAUGCGCAGAAGCACACCUCUAUUUAUGUAAUUUUCAGGGUGCAAACGGACCUUGGAACGAAUUAAGUUUGUAUCCAGAGGGUCCACUGUAGUCUGUUUUUUAUUGUACUGUAUUAUGAGAAGCUUUAAUAAAAUCUUAUACAGUGCUACCUUGGGAUGCGAACUAGAUCCGUUCUGGAGCCCCGUUCGCAUCCCGAACAGAACGUAAGACACAACAGCACAUCUGCGCGUGCGCGUGACGUCAUUUUUACUGUCUGCACAUGCGUGAGCGGCGAAACCCGGAAGUAACGCACUCAACCUGAAGCGUAUUUAUCCCGAGGUAUGACUGUAUAUAAAACCAGAAACUUAGAAGAACAUUCCUAAGUGAAAGAGCAGGGGAGCAGACUGUCAGUUGGGAAUAACUGGUGGGUCAGAGAUGCUGAUGUUCCAUCUGGAAUGGGGCUCUUCUAUGGGGCAGGAAGCGAUCAAGGUGGCCAUCUCUAAUCCAUGUACAAAACAGCCCGUCACAGCCUUGUGCAGAUGGAGGGAAAGGGAAAAGAUGUGGGUCUGUAUCACAAUAGCCCUGAAAGCAUUGCAGGGUUGCAUAUUAUUAUGGUUUGUCAGGCGGCUCAAGACACUUUGCCACCUGAGGCAAACCACAAAAAGGUGCCCCCUUCCUGCCAGGGAAGAAGGGCUGAGAGAAGAUCUAUAUCCGGAGCAAGGAGGGGGUGGGAUAAAGAUCUGCGUCUGAAUCUGUUUCUCCUGUUGGUCCUGCCGCCUGGAGGCAGUUGCCUCAUAGGGGGGCUGGCCCUGCGUGGCUUCAACUUACUUUUGGUUUGAGGGUGAGUGAGUUCUGCCAGUUUGAGCUAAAGGCUUUGCAGAAGUGGUGGGUGUCGAGGGCGGAUCUUGCAGGGUGGGUGAGGAGGGGUGAACAGCUGCCUUGCCAGCCAUCUCAAAACGCCCCCCUCUCCACUUUCCGCCCCCAGGACGUGGAUGACCGGUGGAGCCUGCAAUUCCCGCAGCUCUACAUGCCUGGCCAGCAGAACCUCUACUUCAACAAGAAGGAGUUUGUCAAGUGCGUCCUCUACAGCGUCUACAGCUCCCUGGUCCUCUUCUUCGUCCCCUACGGGACCCUCUUUGACUCCCUCAGGAGCGACGGGAAGGCCAUCGCCGACUACCAGUCCUUCGCACUCAUGGCCCAGACCUGCCUGCUCAUUGUGGUCUCCGUCCAGGUAAGGAGUCGCCUGCCAUGGGCAAGGCUUGUGUGGGGCCCUGGGGCCUCUGCCAGGCCCGUGGGGAGAAUGCAGGACUUCCCGUCCUCAGCUGAUGCAGCAAAAUGACAUAUUGGGAUGGGGAGUGUUAUGUACUGAGUUGAAUAGGAUCCAAAAGGCAGCAGUCUGAUUGGUCCUAGAACAAUAGGGUCCAGGAUGCAGCAGUCUGAUUGGUCCACAGGAGCCACCCAAUCCAGCUUCAGGUAGAAGGGAAUCUGCAACCUGAUUGGCCUACAGGUGAAUCCCAGAAUUAGCCAAUCACAGGGGGCCCAUUGUGUAAAUAACGUAUAUAAAGCAGACAUUCUGGGGGAACUUCCAUUCCUCCUCACCACUAUGAGCUGAAUAAAGAGCAUGAAAUCCACUCUCGACUCCGAGGAUAUUUCAGGGAGUGUUAAAGUGGACCAGAAUUUAUGCUGGUGUGAUAAUAAUAAUAAUAAUAAUAAUAAUAAUAAUAUAUUUAUACCCCGCCCAUCUGGCUUGGUUUCCCCAGCCACUCUGGGCGGCUUCCAACAAAACACUAAAAUACAAUAACCUCUUAAACAUUAAAAGCUUCCCUAAACAGGGCUGCCUUCAGAUGUCUUCUAAAAGUCUGAUAGUUGUUCUUCCCUUUGACUUCUAGUGGGAGGGCAUUCCACAGGGCGGGCGCCACCACCGAGAAGGCCCUCUGCCUGGUUCCCUGUAACUUGGCUUCUCGCAGGGAGGGAAUCGCCAGAAGGCCCUCGGUGCUGGACCUCAGUGGGGGGGGUAGGAGCUCACACCCUCAGCAACUUCCAAGUGGUCCAUGGGGUGGCAGGAGAUAUGGGAGCGGGGUUAGGAUUUUGCAAAUGAAUGGCCUUGCCUGGAGUGAGAGAAGCAAGGGUCAAUGCCUGUCCCUAUUUCUGGGAGGCUGGAGUUCCUUGGGGAGUUUAGGGUGGGAUGAAGACCUCUUCAGAUAGCAGAGAACAGAGGGGAGAAGAGAGAGAGAGAGCAAUGGGAAACAGUCAAACAGAACACCUCUGUUUUGGAAUGUUUUGGCUUCCGAACGCCAAAAACCCAAGCAAAUGCUCCGUUUUCUGAACAUUUUUUGGAAGCCAAAAGUCUGAUGCAGCUUCCUCUUGAAUGCAAGAGGCUCUUGCAGCCAAUUAAUAAUAAUAAUAAUAAUAAUAAUAAUAAUAAUAAUAAUAAUAAAUUUUAUUUAUACCCUGCCCUCCCCAGCCAAGACCGGGCUCAGGGCGGCUAACACCAGGUAUAAAAACAAUUGAUUAAAAUACAACUUAAGAAUAGGAUUAAAACACAACAUUAAAAUGCAGCCUCAUUUCAGUAGAAACUCAAAUCAAAAACUCUUUGGGGAUGAAAACGUCAAAUCUUCACCAAGGCCAACUAUCCAGACUGGUCCUACAUGGGCCAGAAAAAAGCCAGGGAAGUCCCCAAAUAGGAGUUCCAUCACAGAAGGAGAAAGGGAAAAGGAAAGAGGGAGAGGGGAUUAGAAGCCAUGCCUUGGCUCCCGGAAUGGAUUAUGUUUGACAACCAAGGUUUGACUGUACAGUGACUCCCCAGGGAAGAAAAGCUGCAGCGCUGGGGACUUUUCAGUUUAGAGAAAAGGCAGGGAAGAGGGGACACGAUGGAGGUUUACAAAACGAUGCCUGCCGUGGAGGGAAGGGAGGGAGUUUUUCUCCCUCCCUCUCUCUAGAACUAUCUGGGCAUCCAGGCAAGCUGAAUGUGGGAAGAAGCACAUAGUUCAUACAGCACAUAGUUAAACUUUGGAACUCCCUGCCACUGGGUGUUGUGACAGCUUUAAAAGAGGAUUGGACAAAUUCAUAGAGGAGGAGAGGGCUUUCGAGGGCUCCUAGCCAGGAGGCAGCGAUGCUUCCGAAUGCAGAAAAGGAGAGGGCUGCUUGCCGGUCUCCCCUGUGGGGCAUCUGUUUGGCCCCUGAGAGAACUGGCGUCUGGAGGGGCCCCUGGCCUGAUCCCGGGUUCUCCUGCUGUCCUCCUUCUCUCACGCUCUCCCUGGCCUCCCUCUUGCAGAUGGGCCUGGACACUGCCUACUGGACGGCCGUCAACCAGCUCUUCAUCUGGGGCAGCCUGGCCAUGUACUUUGCCAUCACCUUCACCAUGUACAGCGACGGCACCUACCUCAUCUUCACCGGCUCCUUCCCCUUCGUCGGUGGGUAUCAGGGGGGUCGGCAGGCAGCCCCCCCUUCUGGCUCGUGGGCCGUAGAGCCACCUUCUUCCAGGGAUGAGGGCAGGGGGGAGCCUCCGUUGAAUGCAGACGUCAGCUCCAAAGAACGGUCCUUGGGCAUGCCAAGGAGCCCUGAGCAAAGGCAGCUGGGGGAACAGGGGGUGCCAAGGGCUGCAAUCGGGGGCAAAAGUUGGUGGGCACCUGCAUUGCGCAGGGUUGGGCUAGAUGACCCUUGGGACCCAUUUCUAACUCUGCAGUUUUGUGGUUCUGUGAUGAUGUUCCUUGGGCAACAGUGUCCUUCAGGGGCGAAGGGGCGGAAAGGCAGAUGUGGAAUCACAGAAUCAUGGAACUGUAGAGCCGAAAGGGACCCCCAGGGGUCAUCCAGCUCAACCCCUUGCUAUGCAGGAAUCACAGGCAGGAAGGGCCUCCGGAGCAACAGGACCCUGGAGGCUCCUCGUUCCCCCUGGCUCCUGCAUAAUAAUAAUAAUAAUAAUAAUAAUAAUAAUAAAUUUUAUUUAUAUCCCGCCCUCCCCAGCCGAAGCCUGGCUCAGAGCAGCUAACAACAAUAAAAAUAACACAGCGUUCUAAAAUCAAUUCAUUCUAAAAUCAGUUCAAAUCAAAUUGAUGGCAACCAUUGGGCUAGAGUUCUAUGAAGAAUUACCAGAGGAGGGGGUCAGGCUGUGCCUUGGCCAAAGGCCUGGUGGAACAGCUCUGUCUUGCAGGCCCUGUGGAAAGAUGUCAAGUCCCGCAGGGCCCUGGUCUCUUGGGACAGAGCAUUCCACCAGAUCGGAGCUACAGCCAAAAAAGCCCUGGCUCUGGUUGAGGCCAGCCUAACCUCCCUGUGGCCCUGGAUCUCCAAGGUGUUUUUGUCUGAAGACCGUAAUGUCCUCCGUGGGACAUACCAGGAGAGGCGGUCCUGUAGGUACGAGGGUCCUAGACCGUAUAGGGCUUUAAAGGUUAAAACCUGAUCCUGUCCUCCACCUGGAUCCAGUGCAGUUGGCAUAGCACUGGGUGAAUGUGAUCUCGCAGCAAGGACCCCGUAAGGAGCCUCGCCGCGGCAUUCUGCGCCCGCUGGAGUUUCUGGGUCAGUCUCAAGGGCAGCCCCACAUAGAGUCCCAUGUCCUGAAAGCGACCCUCAACUUGGGAAUCAGUUUCUCCGCCAAUCGCUGACCCCCAGGACCUCCAGCCCUGCUUGUUCUGCCCGCUCUGCCCCAGCAGCAGUCUGAGGCGGCUGCAUCGCCUGCCCGCUUCUUCUUCUCCCUGCCAGGCUCGGCUCGGAACACCCUGAACCAGCCCAACGUCUGGCUGUCCAUCUUCCUCUGCGUCACCCUCUGCGUCCUCCCCGUCGUCGGCUUCCGCUUCCUGAAGGUGCAGCUCAAGCCCACCAUCAGCGACCAGGUAAGGCCCCCUCCUCCCUGCUUCUGGGGGGCAGGCUGCUUGCCUCUAAGCGGUGGGGCGAGGGGGGGCACAAGGAGUUGCCCUCACUUGGCCUCUGCCUGCUUCUGCGAUGCUUCCUGCCAUCCCUGGGGCCAAGUGACCCCGGCCAUCUGCGGCUGAGAGGCGAGUGCGGAUUAUGGACAUGGAUUAAGAGGAACUGGGGCAGGAGGAGAGGGCUAUUUUUAGAAAGAAGUGGGGGGGAGGCGCUGCAGCUCAGGGACUGUGCACGCCCCCCACUCCUCCAGUGGGCUGUGGCCGGCUGAAGCCCCCACCACCCUGCUGUGAAAGAAAUCUGAAAUCUCUAGUCAGGGUGCAGAUGAGAGCAUGCCCAAACUGGAGUUAUCAUUGCUGACUUUAUUCAAUUUAUUUCUAUAUUGUUUUAUUUGGGGGGGGAAUCUCAAAGUGGUUUAAAUGUUAAAACACCAAAUAAAACAUUAUGGAAGCAGAUGAAAUAUAAAAUAUACAUUCAAAGCAACAUAACAAACAAAAAUAGUACAACAUUGGUCUUAAAGAUUUCCAAAUAAGACAUUCCAAAUAAGAAAGCCAUGUACAGAAUUCACAUUUAAUGCAGCAAAGCUAGCCAAGGAGCUAUUAAGAUGGAAAAAUACUAUUUUGAACAUUUCAGACACAAACCAACAAACCAACCCAGAGAUGCCUUAAGACCCCGGAAGGUUCCCUUGAGAGCCUAAUCUGCCAGGGCAGCCAUGCAUCUCUGCUGCUUCCUCUCAGCCUGCCAGCCCCAAAGUCUGGUGCCCUGGGGGGGCCUGCCCUGAUCUCCAUGGCUGCAUCUUGGCUCUGGAUGGGCUUUGCCUUUAGGGACCCCUUUCCCUCCCCACUCACCCCCCAAUUAAGUCUCCAGGUUUUGCUGCAAUUUUGAGUUGCAGUUGGAAACAGAACAUUUCCAUUUCUUGUUACGAUAUUCCUGUUUUAAGCACGGGAAUAGUUGCAAGCCCAGAUCGUCUUCCCCUUUCGCUCCCAGGCUUGUAUGAAUUCCCUGGGCAUCUUUUCUUUAAAAGGGUGAGAGCGAGGGAGCCUCCUGAGAAGGGCAGGCUGCAAAUCUUUGCCCCCGCCACGGGUGUUGUGCGAUCUGCAGGGAGGCACAGGGUGCUCCAAGGCAGGACGGGGGGGGGGGGGGGGGGUUGGCUGUGGUGGGGGCUCCUCACUUGCGUAAGUAUACGCAGCAUCCACACAACUUUGCUGACCUCAAAAUCUGUAGGGAAAUCUGGGCCAGGGGGGAAGCCUGUUGCCAGUGACCCAUUGGUGCCAUGCGGUCAACUCCAGGGCUGUGGUUGCUUCGACACCCACAUUAAAAUCUUUCUGGGUGCUGGGCCCCCUCAAAGUCAACGGGCAAAGUUGCUGCAUUCACCCACAAUCUUGGCUGUGAGAUGGAGAUGGCACCUGUGCGUUGGUGAUACCUGAAGGGCCCUUUGGCAAUCCUCCUUGUUGCUUUCUUGAAUUUCUAUCCUCUCCAGCCCGCCCCCCUGCUGGCACUCCUGGCAGAUAGAAAUGAGAGGCUGCGGCGGCUUAAUCUGCCACAACUUUUCUGAGGCUUAGGGAAGAAAAUAAUAAUAAUAAUAAUUAAUAAAUAAAUUUUUAUUUAUACCCCACCCUCCCCGGCCAGAGCCGGGCUCAGGGCGGCUAACACCAAUAAAAUCACAGUAAAAAAAUUAUAGGGGGAAAAGAGAGGGGGGGACAAUUUAAAAUACAGUUUAGAAAGAGGUCCCUAGAACUGUAGAGUUGGAAGGGACCCCCAGAGGUCCUCUAGCCCAACCCUAAAGCAUCCCUGACAGACGGCCUCUGCUUCAAAGCCUCCAAGAAGGAGAGGCCGCCACCUUCCGAGAGAGCCGCGUGACUCCCCUGCCCCUGCUCCCAGCCGACGCUUCCGCCUGCCCUUCCUCCUCCCUCCCCGCAUUUUUUCCUCUCUCCUCCUUCACUCGCAGGUCUUGCACAUGGUGAAGCAGCUUCAGAAGGGGCAGCUGCCUCCGUCCCCCAAGCGGCGCCUGCAGCGCAAGGCCUCCCGGCGCUCCGGCUACGCCUUCUCCCACCAGUACGGCUUUGGGGCCCUCAUCACCUCGGGGAGGAACAUGCGCCCCUUUGGCGUCACCAGGUCCUUCUCCCCCAACAGCGAGAAGUACAGGCAGAAGUGA